UCCCUUUUGCUUUCGGGCAGGGGAAGCGAGCUUUCCCCCUUUCUCGGCGGCGGCGGCGGCGGCGCCUGCGCGCUGGCCUCAACAUCCGGGCACUGGGGCAGGAUGAAUGCUCCUUUCCAAGAUGGCGGCGGAGGGAGGAGGGAAGGAGAUGAACGAGAUUAAGACCCAGUUUACCACCCGCGAGGGGCUGUACAAGCUGCUGAGCCACUCGGAGUACAGCCGGCCCAACAGGGUGCCCUUCAACUCGCAGGGCUCCAACCCCGUCCGCGUCUCCUUCGUCAACGUCAACGACCAGAGCGGCAACGGCGACCGGCUCUGCUUCAAUGUGGGCCGGGAGCUCUACUUCUACAUCUACAAGGGGGUCCGCAAGGUAAAGGGACGGGAAGGGGAGGGCGCCGCCGCUCGGAAGGGGCUGCCGGCGCCGCGCUGAGGGAGGCGGCGCGGCCUGAGGAGGGGCGCUCGGGGCUGGCGGGGUGGCAUGAAGGGGCGCCCGGCCCUCUCUGGCUGGGCUCACCCUCGCCGAGAGGCUGCCUGACUGGCGUAACCGCCUCCGCCGCGCGGGAGCUGUCAACAAACACGUUUCCCUCGCUUCCUUUAAAAAAAAAAGGGGGGGGGAGAAAUCCGUUAAAGGGUCCCCCACCCCUUGUAGCUUUUUUGGGUAGGUGGGUUGGUGUGAGGGAGGUAACUUUGCGUGGUUUGGAGAGCAAUGGAGGUGUCCUUGCCGGGCUCAGGCGUAUAGGGCAGGUUACACAGGUCUCUCUUAAGUGCUGUGGGUCUUCACUUUGAAUAAGAUAAAAGCAAAUGGAAGCGGGGAGGCGGCAGCAAGACCUUUUUUCUUCUUCUUCUUUUUGCCUUGGAAGGCUUUAAUGUAACCUGCCCUCUUGACAGGAAGCACAAAAAGGUGUCUCUGGAAGUAUGUGUGGGUGGACUGCUGGAUACCUUUAAAAAGUUGGCUGCCGUGCUCUUCGAGGGAGAGCAAUAAAAUAAGAAGGAUGGACUUCUUGUUCUGUUGAUUUACUUUUUUUAUUUUCAGAAGCGCUGUUAGCUAAAGCAGUAUUGAUCAUUUUGGUAUUCCAGGAACGCUUGUGCUGUAAGGUGAAUGUAUUUACCCUUAAACAAAGCUGGUCUAUAGGAGCCCUUCCAGCUCUCCGUUUACAGGACAAAUGAAUUCUGGAUGUGUUCAUUUUCAUUCACUGCCUCAUGAGAUUUUGGGAGGAAAAAAUUAUUUUGUCAUCAUUGUGUCAACACCCUUUUGAGGUGCAUGUAGUUUGCAAGGAAAACUGGUUUUAGCUAGGAAAACUGGGAAUUUUGAUGUAGAAAGUGAGGAGUUACAGCAGUGUUCUGGUUGGUAGUGAGUUUUGGUUGGAAAAUGUUUUCAAAGUAGUGAAGCUUCUUGUGUGUUUAAUGUAAGCGUAGGUGCUGAUAUGAGAUAAUGUAAUAGAAACAGCUCUUAAGAGGAGCGUGCUGGAUCAGGCCACUGGCCUAACUAGUCCAGCACCUUGUUCUCACAGUGGCCAGCCAGAUGCCUGUGGGAAGCCUGAAAGAGAAGGGAUAAAGUUUUUUUAGCCAUUCGCUUGAUAUUAAAUAAUAUGUAAUCACAGUUAAGUUUAUUUGGAUAGUUUAGAAAGUAUCAUUUUCACCUGUGAGUUGGGUGCCUGACUAAAUCAUACAAUACCAUGUUAAUGAACAUAGGCAUGUAGAUGCUGAUAAUGAUAAUAAUAAUAAUAAUAUCUGGUACCUGCUGUAUUAUAUUGAAAUGCCAGUUUCCUACUCAGUAGUAACACGAUGGGUUGAAUUGCCAGUGAAAAAUCAAACACUCUAGUUGAGGAUCAGUUUGCAGUAACUAGCCCUACAGACCUAUUUUUAAGUAUCCCCUUAGAUCAACUAAAGCCCAAAUCUUGUACACAUGCACCUGUGCCAUAUAUUGAGGCAAGCCUUUCAUUUCAAAAGGAGAAAACAGAGACCUUCUGACUAUAUACAAAUUAAGUGGUGUGCUAAUUAAUAUUGGCAAAUGAAGCUUUGUGGUUUCAUUUCAUAGCCUGAUGAAGUUAUUACCACAUAUUAAUUGCUUGAACUUUAUCGUUUCUAUGACUCUUCUGUCUGAGAUUCAGUGCCCUAAUACAUAAUUAAAACAUUAGUUCAUCUUUCCUCAACAGUCUGGUCUAUAAUGCAUUAAGAUUCAUAUUCGGUGUAAUAUUUGUUUAUUCUCUUCAGCCAAAAAAGAGUUCAAGGGUGGCUUUUAGAUCACAUUAUUGAAGAAGAAAAAGAAGAAAGCUUCUACACUCAUGCUUAUACUUUAAACAGACACAACACAGAAGUAAAAUGGAUAGGGAUGGAGGAGGCAAUAAGCAAACUUGUCUACAAGUUCUUUGUUUUUCUCUACUGACAGGUUGGGGUGAAAAAGUUUAAGGUAAGAAGCGGCAAAAUCUUGGUGCAUUGGUGGCGCGGCCCUACCUCUCUCCUCUUUCCUCCAUUACUGCAACUGGAUGUAAUGGCUGCUGCCAGUGACAGUUGCUGAAGGAAGGAGUCUGGCUUCUCAGUAGAGCUGUAAAUGACCACUCAUGCCUUCCCUUGUUUACAACCAAAUGCUACUCAUGGGAACUAAUUUUCAAGAUGACCCAGUGAGUCAUUACAUUUCUGUGGCACCAGUUAUCGCAAUUGUAAAAUAUGGGGGAAGGGGUGUGCAGUUUGGAAGUAGGACAGAGAUCUUGAAGUGAAAUGGUCAACAAGGAAACCAGUAUAUUUUGUUUGGCUUUCUGAAGCCAUUUAGAUUCUCCCUUUUGAUUAAAAGAAUAAUGUCAUACUGAAUGAAUGACAGUAAGCUCUGUUGAGAAACAUCUAGUAUAUUUCAGAUCCAGCUGUAAAUAUUUUGAAAGGCAGUACAAAAGUCAAGAAAUACUUUAUUUUAGCAAGUUGGCUAGAGCCAUGAAUAGCCUUAAAAAGUGCUUGAAUAAAAACAGUAUCUUAGCUGGCAGUGCUCAGAUUUCUAUGUUAAGAAAUUGAUGUUAAAGGUUUUUGUUGUAGUUUUUGCUAUGCAUGGUAAUCUUUGAUACAGGCAUUUUGUAUGAGAGGCCUUUUUGGUUUUAGUAAUAAUUAAAUGUUUUAGACAUCUUAUCAAAGGAACGUAUAGGGUUCUGUUUUCUCCUUGAAGAAAGCUAUGGAAGAAGAAAGUAGAAAAUGUGAAACAUUAUGUUCUGAAAAUGAAACGUUUUAGUUAGAAUGCAGCAAUCAUGUGCUAAACCAGUGAUGUCAGGUGGACAUCUUCAAAAACAGUGAACUUUUUCCAGUGGUUCACUUUUCCGUGGAAAUUUAAUACUUUCAUAAGUUCAUUAGUAACAAUGAAUGGAUGCCAGUUGCAAAUACAAUAUUAGGCAAACUCAGCAGUUUGAAAGUUGCAGUUAAUGUUUUUCAGAAGAUUAUCCCUAUCAAGUGUGAGAGAGAAUACAUGCAUUUGUAAGUGGCAGGUGCAAGGGAAUCAAAACAACAUGUCCACCAUUUUCAAUACCCUUUUGCCUUAAAUUUAGAAAAUGUAAGGUGAAUACAUGCUACUGUCAUUAAAUUGUACAAGUAUUCCAAAAGAAAUGUCUACAUAAUAUAUCAUUUAAGCCACUUCAAGUGUGCUUUGUAAGACAAUUUUUUUUGCAGUGCUUUUAUCUUUGUUUACUAAAUGGAAGAAAAAUAAACAUACUAAACUAGAUCACUUUCUAUGGCAUCAGAAAAUUUUCCAGUGCAAACAAGAAAGAUUUCCAGAAAACUGGUGUAAUGGUUAGAGUAUUUGACUAGAACCUGGGAGGCCAGGGUUCUGAUCCCCACCUAUGGAGCGUUCUAGGUGGCUUUGGGCCAGUCACUAUCUUGCAACCUAAUAGACCUCACAGGGUUGUUUUGAGCAUGAAACGAAGAGGAGAACCAUGUAUGCCACCUUGGGCUGUUUACAAGAAAUGUGCAAUAUAAAUGUAGCAAUAAAAAAAUCAGUAUGCAGUGGUACCUCGGUUUGUGAACUUAAUCCCUUCCAGAAGUCCGUUCUUAAACCGAAACCGUUCUUAAACCGAAUAUUUCGUAAACAGGGCUGUUCUUAAACUGAGGUACCACUGUACUUACAUACAUUAUUUUCAAUUAUUCAUAGGGCUGUAGGAUCAGUCUAUAGAAUCAGAUAAAUAUGGUAGUAUUUAUCUUCCUGUUUGCUGUUUGAAGGCCAGUGUUUAUUCAUGGGCUAUCCAGAUUCUCGUGUUCUUGCUUUGCUGCCUACUUCUGAAAUCUCAUUGUGUUGAUUCAUUCCUCCUAAACCUGGUUGUACAGUAAUAACAUUCCAAGGGAAGACUAAAGUCUCAUGUCUUUGCACAUCACCAUCUCUUUGGUUGUAAUUUAUUAGCAUUUUUUACUAGUAUUUAUAUACUGUAACUAGUUUAACGGGCACUUUAUAGAACAGAACAGGUCCCAGCAUACCUUUUAAAACACUUAUGAUACAAUUGCAAAUCCUUACGUUAAGCCUGCUUCAGGGGCUUGCAUGUCCCUAGUGGAAUUUUGGCCUUCAACCCUUUGAAAUAGCAAGCCAUGUUUAUCAACUGUUACUUCAUAUUUUAAAGCAAAUUGUGAUAAACAUGUUCAUUUUUUGUACAAAGGUAAUAGGCAGAAAUUCCUCUGGGUGUUUUGCAAGUUCUUGAACAUGCCUAAAAUUAGGUAUUUCAGUUUAAGCUCCUUGAGGCAGAGACUUGUCUCUUUCUUCUGUAAAACACCAUUAACAACAAUAACAACAACAAGAGUUCUUGUAUCCAUGUUGAUGACGCUUGUACUGAAAUAUCGGUUUCCAAAACAGUUCACUACUGUAUAAGAGAUACAAGUUAGUGUGGUUAGCAAGUUGCUGAUCGAAAUACUGAGUACAAAUUCUCCUUGAAUCAUGCUAUUUGUGGUUUUUGGAUCCGAGCUUUUGAAUCUUUUUUGCUGAUGACCGUAGGCUCGAAUGAUGGAGCUGAAUCUUGGGAGUUCAUACUUCAUAUUCUUAUUUUCCCUACCUGUCUCAGAGGAUUGUUAGGCCACAGUGUUGUUCUGAACCACUGUCAGAAAUUAGCUUUGUUUGUGUGCAUGUGUUGGCCUUAACUUUAGAUGUCUUGUAAAGGGCAUGUGACUUUGCUAAAAUGUAGGUUAAAAAAAAAAGAGGUAGCCAAACAGAAUGAGAUACAGGAUAUUCAAGUAUUAUAAACCUGUGGGAAGAUGUCUACUUACUGAGGAGCCUGUCCUUAAUGUUCUAGUCUGUCAAGACAAACUGCUGAUAAAUACUGCUCUUGAAGUUGCAUCUGUUAAACAAGGAAUUGAUCUCUUUUUUUCCUUGCAAUGUAUUUGAAAGUCUUAAGCUAUUCUGUCAUACCAACUGCAAUGAUACAUAGAAAUAACAAUUCAUGUAUUAUGAUAUAAGCUUUUGUGUGCCAGAGUCCACGUCAUCAAAUAUAUUUAUAUAUUUUAUUACAUUUUUAUCCUGUUCUUCCUUCCAAAGAAUCUCAGAGUGGCAAUAUCUGAAGCAUAAUAUUUAAUUGUCAGGCCAGGCAUACACAUGGUUAAGGAGAAAUGGAGAAGGCAGUGGCCAGAGGGAAACAAAAUGCAAAAAGGAAACUUUUGACUUUGAAAGCAUGUGCCACAAUAAAUUGGUUAGUCUUGAAGGUAUCACAAGACUGUUUUUGCUGCAGCAGGCUAACAUGGCUGCUACUCUGGAAGUAUUUGUGGAAAGGCCAUGCUUCUAUAAUGCUUGCCUCUUUUCUGCAUUUGAAGGUAGAUGUGUGUCCAAUGACAUAGGUGAAGGUGAAUUAUUUUUUUAAGCCAGCUUUGUGAGUACAGAAGACUAAGGGAUCCAAAAUACAUGUCAGAAAUAUGGUGGCUGGUUUCUGUUUUUCCAUCCCUGAGACUGUAUGUUUUAUUUUGCUUUGUCACAGAUAAAACAGUACCUGGACUCAUUAAUUUAUUCUAAAUUGCUCUUCUGUCAACCCUGUAAAUUUCAUGUACCCAGCUGCAACUGCCAUUGGCUCCUUUGAAUAUUCUUGAAGGGUGGAUUACUGCAGGGGUAGAUUGACCUGGUCUUGUGUCUACUUAUUUUCACGUGCAUCGUUAUGAUCCAUGGUUGAAUUUAAAAUUGACAAAACAAGAGUGCAUACUUGGGAUCUCUGACCAAUUAAGGCAUAACUAAUCUGUUUUAAGUAAUACUUGGUAUGCACCAUCACUUUUUGCCAGAAUCCCAACAACCAGUAGGUCCUAGGCAGAUUCCCAGAAACUGGCCAGUUGUUCAUCCAUGGAGCAUAGUCUGUCUUUUGCCCAACCUUGAAUUACUGGAUGACUUCUAGAAAAGUUUGCUUUUUAAAAAUUCUCAGACUGACAUAUCAGAUUGCUGUAUGGUUUACCAAAUAUUAAUUUUUAAUGUAAUGUCGCUACUGUGGGAAGGUUAACAACGUUCAUGGCUUAAUCAUAUGAAGUUCUUGACCUGCACUGAGGCAUGGCAAAUGAUUGUCUAAUUGUCUUAGUGUAAUACAUCUUGGCUUUCUGCAUACAGGUUAACUAAUUUAACAUGAAUUAAAGAGUUGCCUGAUAAGAUGCUUGCUCUUGGGUUAAGAGGCAGAUAGCCUGUUAUUUGUACCUAGAUGUGCUGAGGUACAUAAAAGUUUAGACUACGGUUAAAGUGACAAACAGAAAUACUUCAGUAUCUUUGGCUUCCAGACUAUUGUACCUGAUGAUUUCUUUUCUUUUGUUGCAAUUGAGAUGAUUUGUUAUCUCUGGAUGCCUUCACUGUCCAUGCAAAUUAAGGGUGGGGUACCUCUGCCCCUUGGGCCCAACGGUGCCUCCCCAUUGGCCCAUCAGGCCAUUUGGCCAAACAUGCCCCCUUGCAUGAUGCCUGUGGGGCAGGAAAAACCUAGCUCAGCUGAAAGGGCAUUUGCAGGCACUGUUGAUUAGCUUGUCAACAGCGUCUGAAAAGUGCUGUACAGAUAGCACUUUGAAAGGGGCUUCUGAAAAAUCCUGUAGGCAAAAAAGGUCACCAGAUGCCAUUGUGAUGCCAGGUGAUUGACAUGUGGAUGGCUGUGCCUACUUGUCAGACUUGACCUGUAAGGGAUGGGGAAGAUAAUGAUAAGCUCUCUGGUCAGGGCCAGUUCCUCACCCCUGAUGUAAACAAUAGUUCUCUAGGAAAGCAGAUUUAUGGUAUUGUGUCCAUUACUGGAAUUGGAUGAAAUGUGUAACAAUGGUUUUGGAAAACAAUAUGGCAUAGACACUCUAGAUGUGUAAGCAGUUUGCUGCAUAAUCCUAAACAUGUUUACUCAGAAGGAACAUAGAAGUACCACUGUCCUAAGCAGGGCUAAUUCACAAAUAUAGAUAGGACUCUCUCAUAAGCGAUCUAGAGUUAGAAGUGAGCACUGAGAUGGUCAAACUUGCUGAUGAUACUAAAUUGUUUAGGGUUGCUAAAACAAAAAUGUGAAGAGCUCCAAAAGGACCUCUCCAAACUGACUGAAUGGUCAGUAAAAUGGCAAGUGCAGUUCAAUGUAAACAAGUGCAAAAUGUUUCAUAUGGGGGCCAAAAAAAAUACCUUAAUUUCAUGGGGUCUGAACUGGAGGUGACAGACCAGGAAUGAGACUUUACGGUCAUGGUAAAUAACUUGAUGAUGAUGGGAACCCAAUGUGCAGUGGCUAUGGAAAAUGCAUAGUGUCAGAUUAGGAUCUGGGAGAUCAGGGUUCAAAUCCUCAUUCACAGUCAUUAAGCUCACUAGGUGACCUUGGGCCAGUCACAGCCUCUUAGCCUACCUCACAGGAUUGUUGUAGGGAUUAAUUUAGGAGGGGGGUGACCCUUGUACUCCUUGGAGGAAAAGGUUGGAUAUAAAUGCAAUUUACUAGCUCUUAAGAAAGCUGGAGGUGCCAGCCAGAUGACAGUCGUGAGUCUGACAUCCAGAGAUCUCCAUGUCAUCGAAAUUGGAUCUGUGCCGGUUGCAAAACAUGCUUGGUGCCUGGGGAAUUUCAAACACUGGUUGGGGUACCCUCCAGAACAGCAUGAGAGUCUUUCCUUCCUCCCGCAGGAACCUCCUCCUGGAUCUCAGUUCCUUCUGUCAACAGGAGCAAGUCUGGAUCCUACUGUCUUGGUAGUUUUAGCCAAAACUAUGAUUUUCUAUAGGAUUAUAAGGAUUUAUCAGACGAGGCUUUUAUAAGGAUGCUUGAGAACUUUUGUGAAGCUUUUUGUAGUGCUUUUCUGAAAUGAUUAUACUCAACAGUGUUACUGCUGUUUCCCUGCAUUUCAGUCAUGACCAGACAGUUUGUGGCUAGUGGUUCUCUUCUUGCUAGUUGGAAAGGUGGCAGUAAAGUUCAGUAGUUUUUAUUGUAUGUAAAUUGCAUUCUUGGUGUUUCAGAAACAGAUAACCAUAGUAAUACUCGAUUCCUCAGUUGGUUUCUGGGUGGUGAUGUUAGCGAGUGAUUUCUCUUGCUAACUGCCUCCACUGUGUGGGGAACUCUGAUCUCAGUUGCAAUUCUGAUUUCUGGAACAUGUUCUUCUAACUUCAAGAUUACAUAAACUGAAGUUUUGAAGAUGGGAUGUUUACAGUACUUUCUCCCUGCAUUUCUGAGGUCACCAUUUCUAGUAACAUGGUUAUUAAGCUAACAAACAAUGGAAAACAGCCUAGAAAAAACAAACAACCCUACAAAUCCAUUUUUUGUACAGCAUCCACAUGAUGGCUAAAUCUGUGGCUGUAUUCAGGAUACAGUUGAUUUGUUUAUUAAGUAUGUUAACUAUUCUGCUAUUCUAAUACUAGAGGGUGAGCUUAUUUAAUAUGGGGAUGUGGGACCUAUGGCCCUCCAAAUAUUGUUGGGAGUCCCAUCAGCUUGCUGGGGCUUACGGGAUCGAGAGUCCAUCAAGGCUGCAAGUUCCCCAUCCCUGUUUUAAUAUAAAGACAUGAUUAUUUCCUCCACCCACCCCAAAUUGGUAGAAUUUAACACCUACAGCCCUGGAUUCUGGCAUCCUUUUUGUAGAGAUGCCAGAGAUUUCAUAUGGCAUCAUCUUCAUCAAAGCUUGGGCUUUACUAGUAAGCUAUGAUUUUAACUCUUUAUCUCUGGGCUUGGUUGUGGUCCCCAGGAUAUUCAGACUAAUUUGUGACUAAGGAUAUGUGCAACUUUUUGAGCUCUAUAAAGAUGUUCACAGCUUUAAAAAUAUGUAUUUGCUUUUCAAAAUCAGUUGUCAGAUGAAAGCUUUUGUUUGGGGGCUAAAGUAGAUAUAACGGCAGCAGUCGCAAGUGUUCUCUGUGUUUGCCCUACUAGCAUACGGAAUGGGGUGUGUCUAAUUUAAACAUCAGUCUCAGGGUCAUUGGUACGAGCCACACAUUAGGCAAAAGGAUUAGAACAAAAUACAUGUGUGCCCUACAUUGUGACUGAUGUGCAAGCAGUGAAGUGUUGGGGUAUGUUGUAAAAAUGAUUUGCUUCUAAAAUGUUUUUGAAAGUGGCAAAAUAAAAAUGGACCCUCCUGAUCCUAAGCAUCUCAGCUCAAUGGAAGAGGGGUUUUGAGAACCUGAAGCUGUGAAGCCUGAUAAUUACUGUAUUUUUGGCUCUAUAAGACUCACUUUUCCCCUCCUAAAAAGUAAGGAGAAAUGUGUGUGCAUCUUAUGGAGUGAAUGCAGGCUGUGCAGCUAUCCCAGAAGCCAGAACAGCAAGAGGGAUCUCUGCUUUCGCUGCGCAGUGAUCCCUCUUGUUGUUCUGGCUUCUGAGAUUCAGAAUAUUUUUUUUCUUGUUUUCCUCCUCCAAAAACUAGGUCUGGUGUCUUAUGGUCUGGUGCGUCUUAUAGAGCGAAAAAUACGGUACAUGGGCAGAUUUAAGAACUCUGAAGGCAAACAACCAAUAAUUGUUAUAGCUUUAUUGGUUAAUAAUCAGACUUCACUGUACUGGAACUAUCCAGACAUCCAGCUGGCUGGAAGAACUGAAAUGUAAAAGAAAACUAUCUUGCGUAUCUUUAAUAGGCCAGUGCAUGAAAUACCUAUGCAAACUAAAGAAUAGUGGGAAAGUUCCUUCUUUCUGGAAGAGGGUAGUCUUCAUUUUUUUCUCUUUUACCUGAGACGGUUGAGUUGCAAUUAGGAGAAUGUUGUUCUUGACCUCAGCUGUUAAUAAUGUACAUUGCCUAUUCAGAAACUGCAAAAAUGGUAUUUAUAAAAUUGCAAAGUGAGUCAGGCCAUGAAGCUGCCUACAGCUGAGGCUUGCAUAAACAAACAAGGAUACAACACAAAUUAAAUACACCACUUGUGUAAACAUUCUAGGCUACAGGGGCACCAAGAAGUGGAGAAUUAGCAAACUAGAAAUCAUAACUCUAACUUGGGGUCCCUCUAAUGUACCGUAUUUUUCGCUCUAUAAGACGCACCAGACCACAAGACGCACCUAGUUUUUGGAGGAGGAAAACAAGAAAAAAAAUAUUCUGAAUCUCCGAAGCCAGAACAGCAAGAGGGAUCGCUAUGCAGUGAAAGCAGCAAUCCCUCUUGCUGUUCUGGCUUCUGGGAUAGCUGCGCAGCCUGCAUUCGCUUCAUAAGACGCAUACACAUUUCCCCUUACUUUUUAGGAGGGAAAAAGUGAGUCUUAUAGAGCAAAAAAUACGGUAGGUGAUGUUGGACAUGCACUUGAAAUCCUUUUAUUAUUUUGUAUUGCAUAUUUAAUACUGUAUUUUAUUCUUUUAAUUUUUGUGAGCCUCUUGAGAGAGUAAGUGUUUUUGGGCAGCCCUACAAUUAUUGUAAAUUGAAGUCUUUGGCUUUUUUUAAUGAAUUGUUUUAACUGAGGAAAUAGUUACAGUAAAAAAUUACCACCACUACCAGAACCCUGGAAACUAUAGCUUUGUAGUUGUGCCAUAUAUGCACACACACACCACUUGACUCCAUAUUAGUUCAGAAAAAUCACUACCCCUUGGCACCAUAAUCACUAAAUUUAUACUGGUCCUUCUGCAAGGAGACAAACUCCCUCUUGAUUUUCUGUACAGUUGUCCACCAGCUCUUAGCCUAAAUCUUAUUAGUGCACUCAAAAGAAACACAUUGGACUUUCAUGACUUCCAUAUCUUAUAUAUCACUAGUAAUUGACUGUAUUGAUUUCCAGCUGUUAUGGUUUGGUUAAAGCAUAGUGACCAAAGUGUAUUUUGGUGUCUGACUAUCUACAAGGUAUAGCACCUUCCUUUCCCUGCUUCGCUCAAACUUUAGUUUUGUCAUUGCAUCUCAGUUGGAUGAACUGUAGUUGCUUCCACCCGGGAAUCGCUUCCAAACUAUGACUCCAGAAGGUUUGGAUGCAGUUCCUGGUUUGCAGUAACCAUAGCUUGUCAAGGCUGGAUUUUGCAGCAAGCUACAAAAGGGAGGAGGAACGCCCCUCACCAAAGUUUCUGAACCAUGGCUUGACAAUGAUAUCUGAAUUGGAUUGGUGAAAUGUCAAGCUUUGCUAAAACAUCACUUGCUUUGCCACUGAGGGACAGAUUCAGCUACCUGGUCCCAGUAACUCAAACCCACACAAGGACUUAUUGUAGUGCAAUGGGGCAUAUCCCCUCCCCUCCCACCGUGUGUUCCACCAAAUUGGCUGCUCUGAGGCAGGGUGGGGUGGGCAGGAUAACUCCCACAUCAGCAUGCGGGGAAAGGAGAUGGGAGAUCAUUCCAUUGGGCAUGCAGAAAUGCUUGAACUAAUGGGUCAAUCUCCUUAGUGGUGUGUUAUACAUAGAGAGAUAUAUAGUAGAUUAUAGCCUGCUUUUUGUCAUAAGUCCUCAAAGCAAUUAACAGCUGCACGCUCAUGAAACAAAACAAAAGCAGGAGCUGGAUCGGGUGGCAGUUGGUGUCAAUUGGCUCUGAGAUGGGAUGUGGGAAAGACAGCCUGACAGGAUUGGGCCCCGAUGUUACUCUUGAUUGCUUCCCUCACUCUUUCCAUAGAAGAUAUCACCUCUGUCCUUCAUUUCUGCCAUUCCACAUAUCUUCUCUUGCCAUAAUUGGUAAGUGGUGCAAAGCCCUAUUCUAUCUAAAUGCCAUUCUUGAGCUUGAAACCAAACUAUUCUCUUAAAUCUGUUUGGCUUAGAACACUGUUGCAGGAUUGCUGAGGGUAGCGCAUGUGACCAUAUCUUCUUUUCACUGUGCGUAUAUAUGUUGUAUAUGCGUUGCAGGCUUUGUGUAGCUGUGUGUGGGAAGUGAAUGAGAGGAUCAUAUGCAUCCUUUUAAAAAUAUAGAAGGUUGUUUUGUGUGGAAGGGUGUGCACCUUGUCUCUUAGGGGCGGGCCCCAGAGAUUGGCACAGCAGUUCUAUUAACAACAGCUGAUUGUGCCAGCAAGAAAGUUUUUCUCAGGAGACAAAGUCCCUGACAGAGGCAAGACCUGCCCUGGUGUGGGUGUGCAUGUGAGCAGGUGGAGGGAGGGAGGAUGCAGUGAAGAAAUAUCUUUAUGCUCCUGAGACAUGCCAAGCUUUCUACACAGCCAGUUCCAGGUUGGGUCAGUUCCAAUGCUCAUGCCUAUUCUGCAAUUGUUAAGGCAAAAGAUGCACUGAAUACUUCUUCAUUGUGGCUGAUAACUCCUCAUCUAAAAAUGGGCUGCAGUUCCUUUUUAUUUGUUAGGAUGCAGAAGAAUUAGUUUUUUAUUCUCUAAAUCUAUGAUGCCUUAGCAGGGAUAGGAUGGGAAAACUUUCAGAAAAGUGGUCUCACUGACAUUGAUUUCAUUGCAUUAAGCAGCAAUAGAGUCCAGUUUAGAUGUCAUGCCAAAACAUACUUUUGAUUACCAUACUGUAUACCUGGUUAUAGAACCUUGUUCCUUUUCUGAAUCAGUUAUCUCCAAGAAACGGCUGUCUAAACAUCCUGCACAAACUGAGAACCCUUAUUCUAAGAAACCACAAAUUCCCUCCGCUUCAUACCUUUUCUCGUUUAAAUCUUUAAGGGAUCAAUAAUCUCUUCCCUUAACCUCCUCUCCAGAGAUGUGUCAAAGAAUGGAUGAUAAACAUAUUGCUAAUGAUUUUGAGGUUGCAGUUGGUGGCAAGCAUAUGUAAUAUGAUCUCUUCCUCCAAUAGAAAUCUUUGAGGCCACCCAGUACCUCUCCACAAUGACACAAGUUGGCAUCUCACAGGUUAACUUCAAUCACAGCUAUUGCAUACUCUCCUCAAGGAUCCCGAGAAACCACAAGUGGCCAUUCCACAUUGUCUCUGGCAACAAGAAAAACAGUGAAUGUGGAUUCAUAUACAGGAGCCAUUCUUGCAGUGUCCAGAAGUUCCAAAACUCAAAUGGAGAUACUGGAAAGCAAAAUGAAAAAUGGCAAGUGAAUAAAAAGUUCAUUGCCUGGAACGAGUUGUGAGGUGUGGUUGAUGUUAAGAUGGUGCAUUUGCUGCCUUGAUUCACUACUAAGUCCAUGUGCAAACAGGAGUGGCUGUGCUGGUCCAUGUCAGAUGGCACAGAUCAUUUUGAAGGAGGACAAAGAUGAAAAUGGCUGAGAACAGCCAAGCCAUUCAGACAUCUCAGCUCCCUUUCCCAAAUACUUGCAUCAUCCUGGGGCCAGGAAAUGAGUUUCAUUAAGAGCUAAACUUGCAAAUGUUGCUUCUACCAAAGCUUCACUCAUCAGCUUCAGGGGUUAUUUAUACCUUAUAAUAGUCUCAUGGCUUGCUUCCAUGUUUUUAAGGGUGGGUUUGGGGACUGUGUCAUCCUGAGAAUGGAGGCAGAAACUCUCCCAAGCCAGCAUUGGUUUCAGCAGGGAACUCUGACAUACAUAGUGCAGAAAGCUUGACUGUGCUUUGCAGCAUCAAAAAACAACAAGAAAAAGUUGGGUAGCAACCAUGAGUUAAAACUACUAAUGCAGGGGGAGAGGAGAACCAACACUCCAUUGUGAAGUACUUAAGCCAGAUGUGGGGUGUGGAUGGCAGCUUCUGUUUUAGACAUAUAUUUAUUAUAUUUAUAUACGUUAAUCCAAACAUGUUCUCUGCAUGAAAUACAGUUUAUAAUUUGCAGUGCUGUAGGAGGGAAGCAGCUUCUAUAUUAGCAGUUUGUGGUAACAGAGAAAGAAGGGCAUUGUUGACAUCAAAGUAUAUAAAAUACACCUAUAGUAUAUCUGCUAGUAUAGAAUCAUAGAAUUGUAGGGUUGGAAAGGGACUCCAAGGGUCAUCUAGUCCAAGCCCCUUCAAUGCAGGAAUCUCAACAUAGCAUCCAUGACAGAUGGCCAUCCAACCUCUGCUUAGUAGAAAUUGAUGGUCAGAAUAAGAGCUGAGCUUAGCCUUUAGCUAAUACUUUUUCUUUGAAAGAAAAAGGCAAGGUGGGAAGAAUAAAAUCUUAUUGGGUGUGGGAGAAAGUUUUAUGUAUUUUUAACAGGGUAGGGGGCCAUACCCUAACAAGCAGUUAGGGUUGUACAUCGUGCAUUGAGCAUACCAGUAUGUUUGCCUAGGGGCUUCUUUUCUCUUGGAUCCUUUUUUCAGAUGAGUAUGGCAGAACCUUGAGCCCAUGCCCUAGGGCAGCCUGGGUCCAAUAUAUGCUUCCUCCCAAGCAAGCUGUCUGGGGUUUGUAUAAUAUUGAACAUCCUUCCCUGGAGUGCUGCCUCUGAAGUGCCAUAGGGACACUGAUGAGUAAUGAUUACCAGCUGCAACACAGUCACUGGACUGAUUGAGUCAAAGUGUUCAUGAGCAAGUGAUGGUUCUCCCAUCUCAAUGCCCUUCUGGUGCCCUUGCCGUGUUGUGUGGAGGAAGGGUACUGUCUGAAACAAUAGUUACCCCUUCCUUGGGAAGUGGGACUCUUACGUGCAUAGAGUCUAGGAAAGACUGGGUACGGAUAAAUAAAUGGACGAGAACAAAGAUCUGUGCUCAAAGUAGCUGUGCCCAGGCAUUGAUCCUAUAAGGCAGGUGGGCCUCUGCACCUUUGACCAGCAGUUGCAGUGGCUGGAACAGAGCACAUGCUGUUCAUGGACUCGAGCAUUUCAUCUACAUAAUUGAGAGUAUUGAAGCAUGAGGAGCGAAAUGUGGGGGACGUGUGUAGCAGUUAUACUUUGAGGCAUGGCACCUUUCCUCCUUGUGAACCCUUCUGAAGCAGCGGAGUAUAAUCUCUGUUUUGAAUCCCGAGGCAGAGUUAGAGUUCUGAGAAGGCCAAUGGUGGCAAUGAGCUCUUCCUGUAUUUGUGCUGAGGCUAGGCUGUUCAUGUAGGGUGCCCUCUCUUUGUGCAGUCUGCCCUUUCACCAUAGAUCUUCUUACCAAAGUUCCCAUUGUGGAAACUAUGUUGAGACCCAAGUGAUGUGUGCUCUGUCAUGUAAGUAAAGGGCUUCCUUAGUGCUGGGCAGUUUGUAUACUAGUGAUACUGCACUGCAAUUGGGUGCAGUUAGAGUCUAUAGUCUGCCACAGCAGUGUAGGUUGUGGCAGGGAGAGGAAUAGUUUAUUUUGGCAACUCAUUUUCAGUUAUUUUGCCAGCAAAGAAAUUGGGCUAAGCUUGAUCCUCACCACCUGCUGCCCAUCUUGGCCACUCUAUCAAUAGUUCUGCCAACAGUGAGGAUAUGUUGCUGUCUCUGGGACUAUCAGCUAAAAUGAUCGCCAAUGAUGGUGUGGUAUGUGCCCAGGAUACAUCAGCAUUGGGAACGUAAGCCAGUUAAGAUGGUAUCCUUGAAGCCUGGGAUUGUAGUGUGAGCUGCCUUGAGUUGGUAAAAUCUUAAUUGGACCGAUGUGCUGGUAAUCUCUUGGAAGAGGCUUUGCUAUUACUGCUUCCAAAAAAUCCUUAAUUAAAGGACAAAAUAGUUGGUUCUAGAUUUUCUCCUUAGCAAUAAAACAUUUACUGGUAAGCAGCCCACAAAUAUCUCAUGUCUCGCAGAAUACCAAUGUUCUGCCCCAAUAUCUCAUUCUGAGGAGAGAAGAGAAUGAUUAAUCCAAAUGACUUCAAGCUGCGAAUAGGAACCAGUACAGGAAAAGGUGGGCAGCUGUUAUGGAGGGAGGAUCUGUCCAAAUGAGCAGUAAUUAAAAUGGAGUGCUGAAUAUUUGAAGACUUAAUAGAUGCAGGAAACAAGUUGCUACAACUAGAAAGAGAGGGAGUAGGAAAAUAAGGCCUUUGCUACAUCCUUUUUAUAGGAUUUAUAAAAGUGACUGAGAACAGGGAUUGGAAGGCAUGGCACAGGAGACACUGUAAUUAUAUUUUCAAGUAUAAAUAGAAGUCUGUCUGGGAUUGCAGUUCCUGGAGGCAUCUGUGUGUGUGGCACUAAAUAAGUUUCUCACUCUGGUGAUGGAGUUGAGAAGCUACACAAAUCAAAGUAGAUGGUUAACUAGUUUUUAACCAGAACAGAAAAGUACUAAAUUUGGAGGCAGUGUGUCAUGAACACAUGUGAAACCUAAUUUUUCUAUUUCUAGAAUCGCUGUAGCGCUAUGUGUUACUGUUGUAACACUUUUUCCUGAUUGUGUUGGGACUAGAGUCUUAACAUUUGGGGGGGGGGGGAAGUAACACGGUUUUUCAGAACUUGUCGAGGAGCCUCCCAAAGACUUUUGACUUAAGUUCAAUAGAAGUUUAAAUUGUUAUUGCCUAUUCUUUCUAAGACAAGAACAUUAGCAUAAAAUGAUUUUCUAGGAACUGUUAAUUACUUUCUUGCCUGAAUAGGUAGAAAUCCUCCGCCUAACUGGCAUGUAUGCAUCUAAAUUGUUCCCAUUGCCAGUGGUGUUUUUUUUUAUAAAAAAAAAAAUUAUUAUUAUUAUUAUUAUCUUUGCACCACCCUCUUAACCCUCAAAUUUGCUCAACAAAAUGAUUAUUGAUUAAUGAGCUUAGAUUAUUCUUGUCUUCAUAGUUUUUCUUUAAGCUAUCAGUUAUAUUAUACCACAUCUUUCUUGAUCAUCACUGUUUCUGUAAAAUUAGCAUGAUUUAGAGUUCAAAGAGUACAUUUGAUUAAGCAGAGAGAGUGAUCUAAUUUAGGGGUGUCAUAGGGAUGGAUGUAACCAAGAUUAUAAAGAAGAUGAACAAUAUUUCUGAAUUAAUGUUUCUUCUACCAGCCUGUUAUUGCAUGGGUGUACAGAGAAUGAGGAGCUCACACAUAGCUAUCUAUAACCUAUUGAUUGGAACAAAAGGAUAUUAUUUGAAUAGGAGUGCUCCUUUUCCUCCCCUCCCUUUUGCCUGGCUCCAGAUUCAUUUUAUUUCUCCAAGAUGGGCUGUUGGAGAUUAAGGCCUCACACCAAUGUCAGGGAGGGGAUAAUCUGGCAUGCUUUCCUGGACAGUGCUGUGUUUGGAAGUGCUGUGUUAGGAGGUGCCCUAACCAGAUAGGCAAGAAGGCUUUGCAUAGCAGGUGAGAAUAAGGAAGUUGAGAGGUACUGCAAUUUUAGACACUGAUCCAAAGGAGGAAAAGAUGUGAGUAGCUUCUUCUUUCUUCAGAUGUUUGGAGUUCUGGCUCAUCAUCGCCUACCUCAAAUAAUCACCGCACUGCCCUUUUACCUACUGGGCCAUGUUGUGGAGUUUUCAGAAAAAUGGUUCCAUGCUCUAAAUUAGGAUCUUAUUCAGCAUGUUUAUUUUGACUAAUAGUAAACAAUUUAAGAAGUACCGUGUACUCUGAUAACCGUACAUGCUAUAUAGCACCAGCAUUUUUCCAGCAGCUGAAGGGAUUUUAAUGAGAAGGUCUGAUAAGGAGGAAAAUUUAAGCACACUAAGAAUUGAAGGCACUUGUAAUGGUUCUAAGGGUUGCUCGUGCGUAAGCUUGUCCCAACCUCUGGCUGGGUUGCCUGAGUGAACCUUUCCUGUCCGGGCAGCCACUCGCCCGUGCCUGUCUCAAUCGCUGGCAGAAUCCGUCAGUGGGCGUUUCUUAAACUUCUUCCAGCAAAGAAGCUCUUUGACGCCAAGUCUCCUCCUACUCUCCCUGUGCGGAAGCCUUCUGCGCAAGGAGGGCGUAGGCAGCGGAGGACCCCUACUCUCCCCGCUGGUCCCCGGCAAGGAGUCAUGGGACCGCCUCGCCGAUUCCCCCAUCUGCCCCCCUUCUCCACUGGAGCUACGUUGAUUCUCUUCCCCAGAAGACGGGCUGCCUCUCCCACUCCUGGGACGCUGUCCGGGAUCCCUUUGGAGCUUGCUCUCUCCCUCGGACACUGAUGGCAGUUCCCUGACAGCACUGAAACAGGUGUCUACAAUUUUUGGCUUUCCUUGCUGGCCAUGCAAAAAACUGGAUAGAUACUGUAUUUUCCCGUGUAUAACACGCACCCGUGUAUAAGACAACCCCUAUUUUGGGGCAUCCAAAAUUAAAGAAAUGGGGGGGAGAUUGUCCAGAGUUGUUGAGCUUUUUUAGGGGGGAUUGCCCAGAGUUGCACAACUCACUGAAGCCAUCGACCAUCUGCCCACUAGCCACCAGCAACAGCCAAACACACGGCCACUUCCCACAGCAGCAGCCAGUCGCUAGCACACAUUGCUGCAGCCCCAAAACCACAGCCAAAUCACUGCUUUACAUCUCCUGCUCGCAGCUGCCACCAAUCGCACGUUCCCCCCUCAGCACUAUCCGUGUAUAAGAUGACCCCAAAAUUGUAACAGUUCUUUAUAAUAUAACAACCUCAUCUUAUACACAGAAAAGGACGGUAACCCCUUCUCUACAUUUCCUGAACUCAAGCACAAAAAACAUUGGGGGCGAUGAAAGGCAGUCUGUUCCAGAAUGACCAAGGUUGUCCGGCAACAUAGCUGUCAGAUGUCCCUUAACUUUCUGCCUAGUGGCCCAGGUGGUAGGGAUCUCCAUAGAAAGAUAUCUGCCACUUUCUACAGCUUCAAAGUUGGGAUAAAGGCAGGCUGCUCACUACAGUGAAGUUACAUCCUUGCCACGGUGAGCAUAAUUGGACACCUUCCCUGUUGUUAUUGCUAAAAUUAUAAAACUCAAAAGAGUUCUGUAUUGGGCAAGACAUUACUGUUAUAAGUAAUGUGGAGUUGUAGGGGUGGGGAGAGACGUGGAAAGAGAGGGAAGGAAGGAAUGGUGAAAUUUCAUUAUUUUGCAUUGUAAUGGUAUAUGAACAAAGUUUUGUGUCAGAGUCCCAUAAAUAGGUACCUUAUUUUUGUUGGCGGUAUGAGAGUCCGGCGUGCCCAGGGCAUGGUUGGUUGCAGAUGGCUGGUUACCUGACUUCUGUAGAAUUAAGAAACAGGCUCUAGUGCAUACAGCUGCAUGUGUGAUUAGGAGCCCUGACCAGCCAUCAGCACAGAUCCAACACCCCUAUAGCCUGCAGGACUUCCGGCGGAUCGCGAAGUGAAAGCAAGCGGGAUCGCUUGGCUGCAAGCGUAUCCAGCUUUAGAGAGCCUAAAGGGGGGUCUGCAAGAGCGCCGCAGCCCCCCAAAUACUCUCAGAAGGGAAUCUGAGAGGCAGGGGUCCCGGCUUUGCCAGUUAAACACUCCCCCGGCCGCCAAGUAACCCUCUUUUUGGGGGCGACGAGUGUGGCGGGGUUGAGACGUUGGCAGCGGGAAGCCAUUUCUAGCUCUCUAAAGCGAAGCUCCAGGCUUGCGCACAAAGCGAUCUGUUCUCAAAAAAGAAGAAAUCAAAUUGGAACAUAAAAUACAAAUUGAGGGAUCUAAUUGGAACUAAUUCAAGGCAGUAAGGUGGAAAAAAGGAGGUCAGCCUUACUGGGAAUUUAUAUUUUGACACAAGAAGAAAUCGCGGAACAGGAAAAACUGUAAGUCUCGACAAAUGGGGAGUUUUUAUGAUAUACUUUGGACUUACUUUUUUUUAAAAAAGCUCUUCAUAAAAUUUCGGGAAGGAAGAUAUUUAAGGGGUCGAAAACUGGAUGAAGAGUUUUCUUUAAACAGCACUUUGGGAGGUCGCUUGGUCUCGCUGGGAGAAAGCGUUGAAGUGUCGGAGUUAGUGAGACGGAUUACCGUAUUUUGCGCUCCAUAGGACGCUCCGGCCCAUAGGGCGCACCUAGUUUUUUGGGGGGGAAAUAAAGAAAAAUAUUUUUAUUUCCCCCCCAGGUGCGGGGCUGGAAGAACUAGGUCGGGUAACAGAGGGAAGGUGCGCUCUGCCUCCCCGCUGUCCCCCGAGCUUGUGGGGCUGGCGAUGGGGAGAAGUGCGCUGAUCCUGUGACUGCAGGCAGCUCUGCGCGGCCAUCGGAGCGGGGUGGGACUUCGCGCCCCGCUCCGGAUGGCCGCGCAGAGCUGCGCUGAUCCCGGGACUGCAGGCAGCUCGGCGCGGCCAUCCGGAGCCGGCCUGGACUUCGCGCCCGGCUCCCGGUGGCCGCGCAGAGCUGCGCUGAGCCGGGGACGGCAGGCAGCUCUGCGCGGCCAUCGGGAGCGGGGCGGGACUUCGCGCCCGGCUCCCGGUGGCCGCGCAGAGCUGCGCUGAGCCGGGGAUGGCAGGCAGCUCUGCGCAACCCUCGGAGCCGGUCUCCUGAGGGUUGCGCAGAGCUUCCUGAAGCCUGGAGAGCGAGAGGGGUCAGUGCGCACCGACCCCUCUCGCUCUCCAGGCUUCAGCGAAAGCCUGCAUUCGCCCCAUAGGACGCACACACAUUUCCCCUUAAUUUUUGGAGGGGAAAAUGUGCGUCCAAUGGUGCGAAAAAUACGGUACUUUUACUUUUAAAAAAUCUGCGCAACAGAAGUUAAGGGGUUUAAAACAAAGAGAAUAACUAAAAAUAACUGUUUUGGCUUAAAAAAGAAAAUUAGAAAUUAAUCCUUGGAGAUAUAAAUUUGUUAUGCUCUAAUUGGAGGAAUUUUUAAAGAGAUUUUUAACAAUAGAAAGACUUGCUCUUUCUGAUGGACAAUCCCCCCCCCCCUUUACCAUUAGCGAAAGGAAAGUUACAAAGUGCCAUCUUGUCGCCAUUUUUAGAGAGAUACUUUCUCCUCUUGCUACUUUGUUGUGUCUGUGUAUGGCAACAACUAGCGGAGAGGUUUGGAUUGAAUUGAACGCUCCUGUUUGUGGCUAACUGGAUUAAUUUACUUUUUGCGUAUUGGUUUAUUUUUCCCUCACCCUCUUUUCUGAUGGAUUUACAUUUUGGACCCUGCAAGAUUAAAGAUUUUAAUAGGUGGCUCCCUUUUAUUUAUGAUUUGAAUUCGAAACCGUAAAAGUGGAUUUGGCCAUACAAGAGGCGUGAAGCUUUUGGAUGAUUUAAAAGAAAGUUUGAUAUUAAACCCUGAGUGGAAUUGGCCGAACAAGUGGCAAGAAAUCAUAUUCUUCCUUUUUUCUUUGUUUAAGAUCAGGGAAGCUCUCAUUACAUUUAAAUCCUUGCUACCAUAUUUUGCUAUUAUUUUUAAGGGACCAACUUUCUAUAUUAAUAUCGAUAUUUUGGCUGAUAAUUUUCUUUGUUUCUUUUUCCUCUUCUCUCUGCUUAUAUUUACAUGCUUAAAGGUCUAAAUUGUUCUCAAAAUUGAUAUUAUUUUGUUAUUAGAUUGUUUUAAAUUGUGAAGUUUUAAGAUUGCUUUCUAUCUUUAAUUUUUCUAUACAUGAGAAUUUAAAGAUCCCUGGUGAGUGCUCUGUUGGUUAUGGGUUUUUUAGGGGUUGGUUAAAUUUAAAAAAGAGGUGAAAAUAUUUUGGAAUUGUAAUUUGAUUUUUAUAUUGAAUUUAAAUUUAUAAAUUUUUGUGUUGAAUUUAAAUUUGUAGAAAGUUGAUUCUCCCCUCUUGAUAUUUUAUAAUUGGGGGAAGAAUUUUAAAAGUGGUUAAAAAUGACACAUUUGCAGAAGAAAAGUGAGGGGGCAACACCGGGGGAAAGAAGGGGUUCGAGACAGGAACCAGACUGGAAAAUAGAUAUAGCUAAAAUGCUUGCAGAAUUAAGGACAGAGAUAAAAACAGAUAUAACAAGCAGUGAAAAAAAAUAUUGAGAACAAAAUAGGCCAAAUCGAGACCAAAUUAGAGCAAGUGGAUAAAAAAAUGGAUGCUACAGUGAAUGAAUUAAAAGAGCAGAUGAAAGGGAUUUCUAAAAGAAUGCAGAAUCAGGAGGAAGGAAUGAAGAGAAUGAAAUUGGAAAUGAGAGAGUCCCGAAAGGAGGAGGAAAAAAUAAGAGCGGAAGUAUCUGAGGUGAAUAAGACGCAAGAGGAGUUGUGGGACACGGUUUCAAUGAAUGAACUUCGACAAAGAGAAACGAAUUUGAGGUUCAGGUCUGUGCCAGAGGUUCAAGGCGAGAAAAUCAAAGAAAAGCUGACAACAGAGAUUGCUCAAUGGCUAGAUAUGAAAUUAGAGGAUGUGGAAAAAAUGAUUCAAAAUGCCUUUAGGAUUAAAACAAAGACAACCAGAGUGAAGAAAUUCCCAGGAGACUGUUUACUUGUCUUCAAGGAUAGAGAAUUCAGAAAUUUAAUUUUGCAAAAAAAAUAGAGAAAAACGUUUAAUUAUAGAUGGGAGUUUCAUAAUCAUUUUUAAAGAUGUGCCAUUAAGACUUCUGAAAAAACGAGAUCAAUACAAAGAGAUGGUACAAGUUUUGAGAAAGAAUGAUAUAGAAUUUAGAUGGGAGUUUCCAGAAGGCGUCGCAUUUACCUAUAAAGGGAAGAGGCACAGACUGACAAAACCGGAUGAAGUCGACAAAUUUCUUAGAAGAUAUAAGGGGCUGACCAGAGAAGGAACAGAAUUAGAAGCUGCAGGAGCAGAAGGUGGUGAAGGAGAAGCCACGGACCAGGAGGAAGAAGAGCAAAGAAGCAGGAAAGAUAAAAGAAAAGAAAGGAGAGGAAAAAAGGAAGAAGAAAUAGAAGAAACAGAAGAAGAGCAAGAGGAAGAGGAGAAAUAAAAAGUUAAUAAAAAGAAUAUUUAAUUGAUUGACAUCAUGGCAUUGAAAUUAUGGACUUGGAAUGUUAAUGGAAUGAACGAUAUAAAAAAAAAGGAAUAAAGUGCAACAAUAUCAAAAGCAAAAGAAUUUGGACAUAAUCUGUUUACAAGAGACUCAUGUGAAAAAAGUACACAGGAAAAUUUUGGUUAACAAAAAAUUAGGAAACGAGUUUAUUUCAUCAGACAAAAGUAAGAAAAGAGGGGUGGUCUUAUAUGUUAAAAAUAAAUUAGAAGCACAACAAUUGUUCAAGGAUGAAGAGGGUCGAAUUAUUGCAGUUCAAAUCAAUUGGCAGGGUGAAAAAUUGAUAAUAGUUGGAAUAUAUGCACCAAAUGGAAGCAAAGCAGAAUUUUUUAAGGACUUAGAAGAGAAAUUAUUUGAAUAUAUGGAUCAAAAAGUUAUAAUAAUGGGUGACUUCAAUGGAGUGGUGUCUAUGGAAAUGGACAGACUAAGAAAUAAAGGUAAAACAAAAGAAGGGAAACUACCAAAAACUUUUUUUGAUAUGGUUGAGAAUUGUAACUUGAUAGACAUCUGGAGAUUGAGACACCCACUAGAGAAACAAUUUACCUUUCAUUCAGAAGUAAAUCAAUCAAUGUCAAGAAUUGAUCAAAUUUGGAUAUCUAAUGAAUUAAUUUCAAGAUUUACAAAAAUUGAGAUCCAACCCAAGGUUUUAUCCGACCACAACGCCAUCCAAGGUAUUCUGAAAGGGUAUGAAGAAAAAUCAUUCAGGUGGAGAAUAAAUGAGAAUCUCUUCGAUGACCAGAAGAUUGUGGAAAGAGCACAGAAAUGUUUAACUGACUAUUUUGUGAAUAAUAUAAAUAAGGAAACAAAAAUUAAUAUGGUCUGGGACGCUAGUAAAGCGGUCAUGAGAGGUUUCUUUAUUCAGCAAAAUGCAAUAAAAAACAGAUUGAGGGGAAAAAGAAAUCUUAAGAUAAAUAAUGGAGAAUGAAAAAAAAUUGAUUAACAGACCUAAGGAUGAAAAAGUUAAGCAAAGUAUAAAAUUACUUCAGACACAAUUUGCUAUGAUAAUCAAUAAAGAAGUAGAGUGGAAUAUAAAAAGAAUGAAACAAAAGAAUUUUGAAUUUGCAAAUAAAUCCGGAAAAUGGCUGGCGUGGCAACUUAAAAAAAGGAAAGAAGAAAAUAUAAUUUAAAAAAAUUAAAGUAGAAGACCAAGACAUUGAGAACCCGAAAGGAAUAAGGAAAGGAUUUGUGGACUUUUAUAGAGAUCUAUAUAAAAGAAAAGAGAAAUCUAAGAUAAAGAUGAUAGAAGACUAUUUAAAGAAGAAAGGGGUGCAAAAAAUUCCACUGAUAAAAAUAAAUUGAAUGAACCAAUUGGAAUAGAAGAAGUUAAAACGGCUAUAAAAGAAUUAAAAAGUGGGAAGACUCCGGGACCGGAUGGAUUUGGUGCAAGAUAUUAUAAAGAAAUGAAAGACAUCUUACUUGUACCGUUGGUAGAAGUUAUGAACAACAUUCUGAAAGAAGGACAAAUACCAGAGACAUGGAAGGAAGCAUAUAUAACAUUAAUUCCCAAGCAGGACUCAGAUUUAACUCAAGUUAAAAACUAUAGGCCAAUUUCGCUAUUGAACAAUGACUAUAAAAUAUUUGCUAACAUCUUGGCAAAUAGAAUGAAAAAGACAUUAAAGGAAUUGAUCCAUAAGGACCAAACAGGAUUCCUGCCAGGGAGGCAGAUGAAAGACAAUAUAAGAAACAUAAUAAAUAUAAUAGAAUAUCUGACUAAUAAGAAAGAUAAGCAAGCGAUGUUGAUAUUUGUUGAUGCGGAAAAGGCAUUUGAUAAUAUUUCUUGGGAAUUUAUGUUAAAGAAUCUGGAAUUUAUGGAGAUGGGUUAUUCAUUUGUGAAUGGUGUAAAGGCAAUAUAUUCUGAACAAAGAGCAAAAUUAAUUGUUAAUAAUGUACUGACAGAUGAUAUUGCUAUAACCAAGGGUACAAGACAAGGGUGUCCCUUAUCACCAUUGUUAUUCAUAUCGGUCCUGGAAGUCUUGUUGAGAGGGUUAAGAAGUAAUGAUUUGAUAAAAGGUGUGACAGUUGGUUGUAAGGAAUAUAAGGUAAAAGCCUUCGCUGAUGAUUUGGUUAUAACAAUAGAAGACCCUAUUAAAAGUGUUAAGGAAGUGUUAGAAGAGAGAGAGCAAUUCGGACAAGUUGCAGGAUUUAAGUUAAAUAAGAGUAAAACGAAAAUAAUGGUUAAAAAUAUGGACCAAGAGAUAAUAGAAAGAAUUCAGCAACAAACAGAUAUGGAAGUGGUUAAGAAAGUUAAAUAUCUUGGGAUUAUAUUAACUCCCAAGUGUAUUGAUCUUUUUCAAAAUAAUUAUGUACCAGUCUGGAACAAGAUUAGGAAGGACCUGGAAGUGUGGGGAAGAAUGAAGUUGUCAUUUUGGGGAAGAAUUGCAACGGUAAAAAUGAAUGUGCUACCAAAAAUGUUGUUUUUAUUUCAAUCAAUACCAAUAAUUAAAGGUGUUACGAUAUUUAAAGAAUGGCAAAGAGCAUUAUCAAGAUAUGUCUGGCAGGGCAAGAAGCCUAGAAUAAAAUUUAAGAUUUUAACGGAUGCAAAAGAUAGAGGAGGCUUUGCCCUGCCAGACUUAAAGUUAUAUUUCGAGGCUGCAUGUCUUUGCUGGGUGAAAGAAUGGAUAAAGUUGGAAAAUUCAGAACUUUUGGAUUUAGAAGGAUACGAUAAUAGAUUUGGUUGGCACGCAUAUUUAUGGUAUGAGGAAAAAUGAGUGCAUAAAGGUUUUGAAAAUCACAUUUUCCGAGGUCCCCUGAUUGAAGUAUGAAAUAGGUACAAAAAUUUAUUAGAGUUUAAAACUCCAUUCUGGCUGUCGCCAUUGGAGGUAAUGAGUGUUAAGAAGAUCAAUAUGACGGGGAGUUGGAUUACAUAUGAGAAUUUAAUUAUAAAAGAAGGAAAUAAAUGGAAAUUGAAGCCAUACGAUGAAGUUAAAGAAUAUGUGUUUGAUUGGUUACACUACUUCCAAGUGAAUGCGAUGUUUAAAAAAGAGAUGCUGGAAAGAGGUUUUCAAGAUGAAAAAUCUAGAUUUCAAAAAGAAAUUGUGAAUAAUGAUGUUAAAAUUUUAUCAAAAAUGUAUAAAUUAUUACUUGAGUGGCAUACUAAGGAUGAAGAGGUUAAAGUUGCAAUGAUUCAGUGGGCCAAAGACUUUGGUUAUAAUAUUCAAUUUGAUGAUUGGAUAAGAUUGUGGAAAGAAGGAAUGAAAUUUACUGCAUGUACUACAAUAAAAGAAAAUGUUAUGAAAAUGUUAUAUAGAUGGUAUGUUACACCAGUAAAACUUGGAAAGAUGUAUAAAGUGAGUAAUAAAUGUUGGAAAUGUCAGGAGAAAGAAGGAACAUUCUAUCAUAUGUUGUGGGAAUGUAAAAAAAUGAAAGGUUUCUGGGAAAUGAUUUAUAAUGAAUUGAAAAAAAUGUUGAAAUAUACCUUUGUUAAAAAACCAGAAACUUUUCUGUUAGGAAUACUAAGAAAUGACAUAAAAAAGAAGGAUGAGAAGUUGUUUUUAUAUGCAGUAACAGCGGCAAGAAUUUUGGUGGCACAAAAAUGGAAACAGGAAGAAAUCCCGACGAAAGAAGAAUGGAGAAUGAAGUUGAUGGAAUACGCAGAAUUAGACAAGCUAACGGGGAGAAUUCGGAACCGGCGAGACCAGAGAUUUACCGAGGACUGGAAUAAAUUUACAGAGUAUAUUAAAAAUAUAUGUGAAGGUCAAUUAACGUUUGUAGGUUUUCAAGAAGCUCUGUGAUGAUAAUGGAAAGAAAUACUGUUUUAUAAUAAUUGCUAAGAUUAAUUUGGUUAAAAAAACAAAACAAAACAAUACCGAUGCAAGAAAUGUGAAUAACUGUGAAAACAUGAAAAUUCCCAGAUAGACUGAAGGAAGUCUGAAAGUGGAAAGAUUAGAAUUGGAUGUAUAAUUCAAAUGGAAUGUUUUUCUUUUAUUGUUAUAUUUGAAAAUUUUAUAAAUAUAUUUUUUUUAAAAAAACACCCCUAUAGCCUGUUCUCACUUUUUGCUCAGAGAGCAGAGGUUGUUUGGGCAGGGGUUCUGCAUGUUUGGUGAGAAGGGACGAAAUAAUAAGCCACAAUCCCACUCUCCUCCAUGACUAGAUGGAACAUGAGAAAGGACCUAUAGUUAAGGGGGUGGGGACAACUUACAACUUUGAACAUGCCCAGUGAAAUUGCAUUUAUUCAUUAUGAUGCUACUAAGUCAUUUUUAAGAAACCAUUCUUUCACAUGGAAAAUGUUCUGCCCCACAUCACUUCUAGUAUACUAGGAUGGGUGAGGAGGUAGUAGGAAGUGAAAGAGAGCAGAUUUCCAGGAGGGAACACACUAAAAUGCCAACUUGUCUUCUAGCAGUGGUGGCUGCCAAUUGCUCCAAAACCCCAGCAUUCAUUUUCACUCCCACCCCACCAGUUGACUACCUGCAUGCAUAUGACGGAGUAGCUGCAUAUGGCACCAUUUUGAGAAUAUGUGAAUUCUUUUCUGCUGGCUGUCAAUUGCGAAGCCAAACUUCCAAAUGUUACUAAACCAGGUUAACAAGUUGUAUGAUUAUGAAACAAAUGGGGCUAAUUGCUUUCACGUUGUUAUGCUGCUAGGGUGCAUCUUUUAAUUGUUUCAGUUGGACCUUGGGGAAGGGAGAAGUCUACAGCAGAAAUCAUUUUGAGAGAGCUACUGAAAUUGAAUUGCUCAAUAAUUACUGAGGCCUUUUAAAAUUGCGUCUGACAAUAUUUUUUGACUGCAAAACCUUUCCCUACUCCUCCGAUAGGAAAACACCUGCUAGGGAGGGAAAUUUGAGACCAGUGUAUAUAAGCAAGGAGAACAGUAAUCUUGUUCACGUGCUUUAGACUUGUUUUUUCUGUCUCAGUGAAUAUGGGAAAUCUUUCAUACCAGGAGUGUGAAAGCAUUUUGCAACAAUAUUUUGUGCAGCAGACAAAUAGUUGUACAUAUGACACUGCACAAUAACACUGAAUAGCCCCCACAACCCUGUUGGCUUUCUACCUGCAUGCUUUUUGUUCUUGGUCUUCUACAGUUGUGAAGUUAGGAUUUGUAAGAUAAAGUGGGAAGGUUAUCUGCCUUUGCCUACUGGCCCUAUUGCUAAACCUGUGCAGGUGGCAGGUGCUUACCUUGCUUGUUUGCUUAACUGUUUACCUUAAUGCUUUGUCACUGAGGCUGAGACUCUUGUCUGCUGGGAUUCUGCUAAUUCUUGUAGAACUGCCACCAUCUCCCUCCCUCUGCCGACUUGUUUCUGUCUGCCAUCUUUCUUUUCCCUUCCCUUCCCUUCCCUUCCCUUCCCUUCCCUUCCCUUCCCUUCCCUUCCCUUUCCUCUCCUCUCCAUUUUGCUGCUACCUUCCUUUCAAACACCAUUCAGUGCUCCAACUGGCCUAUCUGGAAGUGGAGAAAUGCAGUAGUAGGUGGUGGUGGCGGCAGCAGCUUACACCCUGCGAACUACUGAGUGCUGAGAAGUGGUGACAAAGAGUUGUGUGCUUGGCACCAGUGGUACCAAGAAAGGAAAGGGAGGUGCAAAUUCAGUGUGUGGCGGUGGAGUGAGGGGCAGUCUUUUUGCAGUUGCAGGGAAGGGACCAUUGACACACAGUCCCAAUAUUACAACCAAACUGUGGGUUGUCCGUAAUCUUGCUGUAAAGGGCUUACAUGGUCACUUAUUUACUCUCCCCUUCCAUCCUGCACUUCCUGGUUUCUGUCAACCACACUUUAUCCUGACACCAGAAUUGUUCAGACAAUGGUUACCACAAACCAUGGCUUCUGGUUCUAUUUUUGAAGCAUACUGUGAACCUUAAUCUUCCCAAUUCAGACAUCAUGUCAAGCUAUUGUCAUUGAAAAUCAAGAAGCUUAGAUGAGAGUUGGCAUUGCCAUUAGCUUGCUUUUCCCUCUUGUGUUCCCAAUGGUGAAAACCUGUUUUCAUUUGUGCCAUGCUAUUAAAACCAGAGUUGGUUAGAGCUCUUUAAAGAGAAUGUGUGUGUUUUUAAAUACUCGGUGAUUUUCUCAAGAUGGCAUUGAGGUUUCUUGAUCUUUAGAUGUCUAUAACCAUGCUGUGCUGUUUAGUUAUCACUGACAAGAGUUUCUGUUUGAAGCUCACUUGCUUAAACUAAUCCACUUUAAGUUUGCAACUGUUCAUUUUUCUUCCCUUCAGUGGACUGGUGUGUUUUUUUCAUGCCACCAAGCCGUACUUUUGCAAAGCAUUCUGUGGUUCAACAUAGAUGCACUUGUUCUGACAACUUGCUGCUUUCUCUUCUCCUAUUCAAAAGUUGUUCUUGUCUUUCUUCUUUGGCAUAAGUUCAUUCACAUCUUAAAUACACUGGAAUAGAAUAUGCAUUUCCCAUACACAGCUUAUUGCAGUCAUGCAGCACAGAAGAUCUAUAAAUCAGAGCUGUUAACCAACCUAUGCUUACAUACUGUUUGUGUGUGAGGGAGCAGAUGAGCAAUGAAUUUCACCACUUACUGGCUACAAGGCAGUUGCGUUGCUGGUACUAAAUGUUUCAUUAUGAGGUGGGAAAUUGAAACAUGACUGUAGAGAUGAACUUGUGAUAUUUAAGUUGAACUUCCUCCUCCUCCUCCUAGGGUUCUAUGAAAAAUCAUUGACUUUGGGAACUGUUGCUGUAAAAAUGACAGAGGGAAAUCAUUAAUAAAACAUUCAUAAUCUGUUAAACAGUAUUAACAACAAAGGAACACAAAAAGCUAAACACUAUUAUGUGUAAAAGGUAAAGGACCCCUUGAUGGUUAAGUCAAAGGCGACUAUGGGGCUUUCAGGCCGAGGGAGCCGGAGUUUGUCCGCAGACAGCUUUCUGGGUCAUGUGGCCAGCAGGACUAAACCACUUAUGGUGCAACGGAACACCGUGAUGGAAACCAGAGCACACGGAAAUGCUGUUUACCUUCCCGCCGCAGCGGUACUAUGUGUACGUUUUCUCUCUCUUUCUCUCUGUCUCACUCACACACACACACACUCCACCAAUCAUAAUCUUUCACUCUAUUCAUCCCAUUAAAAUACAUACCGCUCCUGAUCCAUUUAUGAGCCUACUGUAGUGUUGACUAGUGUACCUUAUACCUAUUUUGACUUUGAACUCUACUUCUGAGGCCUUUAAGUACACCAGAGAGAUAAGGUUAUGCAGGUGGAUUCUGGGGGAAAAGGCCUCUUCAAAAGGUGUGCCCUGACUGUAGACUGCUCAACUCAGAGAGGCUCACCUGGUGUCUUCAUUGAUGCCCUUCUUGCACUUAGCAAAUACCUCUUUAUUCCCUCAGGCCUUUUUUAUUUAUUUAUUUAAGUAUUUCUGCACUGUCAAAUUAUUAAAUAGCAGGGUGCUGUACAAUAAUAAGCACCAUUAAAAAAAAUACAAAUUGUUUAGUUUCUCACUGGCAUAUCCCUCUGUGAUUUUAGACUUGAUUUGCCUUUUCAUUGCAUUUCACACUUUGUUUUCUGAUAGUUUGCUCCCCUGAGAACUUACUCAGAUGUGGAAUAGAAAUGCAGUCAAUCAGUUGCUAAAGUAGGUGGGAUGUAAAGAGCUCUGUUCUGGGCCUCUGCACAUACAGCCCCUUUGCUUUGCAAAAGACCACCUUGAAGCACUUGUAGAAACAGUCUCUGGCAUACCACAAGGAACAUUAAUCAAAAGUGGAGAACAGAAGCUUUCUUAUACAUGCACCAGAGCAUUUGAACCCUUCCUUAGAAUUUUUUGUAUCCUGUCCUAUAUGUUUUAAAACAAAUCUGACUCUGAUUUACAUAGGCUGCUUGCCAACUCCUGUUGCAAGGUAGGCUUGCAUAAUUAUUGCAACAAGUAUAUCUGAUCUACCUUUACACAGACAUAGCACUGUGACACAGAUGUCACCAUGGUGGUGCCCACAGAGGCAUAUGCUUCUGUGCACAGAGUCUCCCCGCCCUCACUGAAAUUAAACACAAAAGAAGCAUUCUGAUAGUUUCCCUGGUUUGCAGUUGUGUCCAUGACCCAAAAAGGUCGGGAGCCUUUAUGGACAGGAAGGAGUUCACUUAUUCCAAAAACUUCAUCUGAACUCUAGUCCAGAACUUCUGCCUCGUGCUGCCUUAGAGUUAAAAUACUUCUGCACCUCUUACGACCCUGACAAUCAUUUUACAAUGUAUGUAUAAACCAGCUGGUUCUCAUUUUUAGAAUUCAAGGAGUGCUGUAAAAUGACAUUUUAUUCAUAGCUUACUUGGAAUAAAACAUGUCAGUUCCAAGACAAAAGCAAAUUAAGACUUCUAUGCAUUUCUUAACAUUUCAUAAAGCAGGUGUCUCUGGGAUUUUUGUUUUUAUUGCAUGCUGCAAUACUAAAUAAUUGAAUAAUUUUGUAAUUCUCACCUGUUCUUACUAGGCAGUUUCCACAUGAUCAAAAACAUCUCUACAAUUUAACAAAAGUACAAAAUCAGAAUUUGACACAACCAUUUAGGAUAGAGAGAAUGCACAGUGAUUAACCAUCACCACCACAUUAGAACAUCUCCAUGGCAACCCAAGAUAAAAUAUGCAAACUGCAUUUAGUUUGUUGAUAACUUAUUUACAUCUAAAUGAAAGAUGAACACCUAAGAUUUUGACUUUUGUGGUGUGCAUAUUAUAGGACUGUGAACAGUUUCUUUUACUCUGAAAUGCCAGUAUCCGUAAUACAUUUAUUUUUCAACCAAGGUGCUAAGAUCUUUGAGGUUUCAGUAUUACUGUUUGUAUUGUGCUACUUGAUACUUAUAUAUAGUACUUGAUAAUUGACAUGUUGGUGUGUUUGCACUUGAAAAAAACCUGUUGCUUAAGGGCCAAAGUAGACAUUACACACAGAUGUGAGUAACAUCUCUUUAGGAACCUAAAAAAUCAAAUCAAAAAUUUUGAGAGAUAGUGAGUAAUCUUUUCCCUAGGGCUGUUCUUUAUUAUCCAAAUAUGCCACCCUCCAAACCCAUUUCUCUCUCCCCCGCCCCCCCCCCGGAGACUUAUAUUUGAAACUUGCUGGCUGUAGUACUACUCUGAAUUGAGAAACAACUACUGGGGAGAGGGAAGUAGACACACCACCUGUUUCUCCUCCUGAACACCCUGUCCUGAAGCCGCUGCUGAAUAGCCAGCAGGGUAACCUUAAAGAAACCCAUGCAUUUGGCCAUAAAAUGCAGCCAAAUUGGAAUCAUUCUAAUUUCAAAGAGGAAAAAUAAUAUUGGACAGUUAGAGUGGCUAACCAUUGAGUCUGACUUGAUACUACAUUAAGGACCGGAUUUAGACAUUGCCCUAGUUUGCAUGGAACACUAAACUCUGGAUGGGGUGAGUUUCCUCAUAGGAACCUUCUCGCAUGCUGGCAGUGGGUGGGAAUAGAGACAGAAAUGGGUGGGCGAGAGGCAAAACAGUCAAUGGAGCAGCAGCUGUCGUUCUUACCUUUGAAUUAUGGGCCACAUUCCAGCCUUGCAAAACCCAGAGGUUUCCCCACAUGCAGAUCUCUCUUUCCGUCCAGGCAAGCAAAAGGGAUGAUCAUAUUCUGGGCAGGCAAAAGCACUUGAGGAAGUGAAGCAGUGCCAGUGAGGUGAGCUUGUAUUGAGGUGAGCUUGCAUUAGAGCCCUGGGCCUGAGGCUCCCCACCCCAGCACUAAACCAUUGCUUAGUGUAGGCUUGGCAUUAAUAUCUUUUUCAGCCUAAGGGCCAUAGUGAAAGCUGCUCACUUAUGGCAUGGGCAUGACAAACAUGGAUAGUUUGUGUCUGCAUACACAACAUUUUCAACCCCACAAUAGGCUAGGAAUGCGGGUUGAGAUAAACAAAGGGAAGUAAAAUCAGGAUAGUCUUAGUGCCUUUUCUCCCUCUGGCACAGUACCUUUGCAAGGAAGUCUUCGUGCUCUUUCCUAUUUCUCAGGUCUCCAAAAUCACCUUCCAAUGACAAGACAAGGCUUUCCUACCCCUGAUUUUGGUCGAAGGUUGGUAGGCCAUAAAGGUGGUUCUGUGGAUCAGAACCAGGCCAAGGUUUCGUGCUACAUGCAUGAGGUGGAACAAACCCAAGUGAAGCAUUGGGCUUCAUUUCCUCCUUACCCAUUUUACAGGGAGAGCUUUGCAAGGCCCCAUCCCCACUUUCCUCUAAUCUCUGCUUGUUGCAUAUAAGCAAAAUAUUGCAGUUUAUCACAUAUACUGGUUAGUUCAAAAUAAGCUAGCUUUACAUGGCGAGUUAAGAAGCUGACUUGUUAAACUAAGCAGAACUUUCCGUAAACUACAGUUUCUAUUUCGUACACAAGGACAAGCUAAGAUGAGGGGAAAGUGAAAGAAAAUGCUGGCAAAAUCCGUCUCCUGGCUGUACAAGAUAGGGGAACGCAUGAGCCUGAGGCUUUGUUUAGGCUCAUUGCAGCUUGUGCGCAUAGCACUAAAGAACGGUUUAGCAUCACACGCAAGCACUUCCAGUGAGUUACUAUGUCCUUUAUAGGAAGCACCUACUGUUUUGAAUGACCUAGAGAAUGUCAGGUUUUUGUGCUGAUUUGUCAAGUAAGUACAAUCAUAGGGUUAAUCAUCAGAGAAGAGAGAAAUCUGCUGUAAUACCUUUUUUGUUUAACAAAAUGUUGCACCAAACCAAAGAAUGGAAAUCUUUAUGCAUUCAUGUAGCACAAUUGCAUGGUGUGCAGUGCUGAAUUGCCAUCUGAAGAGCUUAGUCAAAAGAUGGAAGUUGACACAAUAGAUAAUAAACAGUGGUGGUAUGUGUACUGAAUGAAUGCCUUUUGGAUGAUGCUAGCAAUCUCCAUCUCCACUUAUCUGAAGUCAUGCAGAUCUUUGGCAACAAGUCUCAGUGGCUUGAAAUUGUGUUUAAGGAGCAUCAGAAUUUUGAUUUAAUCUCUGCUUUAAACACAUAAGGGUGCAGAAGAAUAUAAAGCAGGCAAUAAGGGAGAAAAUCUUUGUUUUGAGGGUGUCACCUGAAGCCUGAAAGAGGAAUUGAAUCAUUGCUUUGUGAAUGUGUAUGGAGCCUAAAAUUGGCCCAGCCUAAGACGAGUAAAUGGGGUAUGCAGAGAGCAGGUUGGGAUAACCCUUGAAAGAUUCUGAAUUGAUGUGUCUAAUGAAUGUAUUUGGACUUUUCUAUCCACUGCAUAGCCUUUGUUGCAUAUAACCACAAUCAAUAGCCCUUUGUGUUGAUGAAAAGUGGCAUAUAAAUGCUGGUAUGAAUAAAAUGAAUACUACCAGUAUAUCUUAAUGAUAGAACUUCUUGUUCUGUAAAUAUUGGCCAUUUAUUGUUCAAAAUCACUCUGAAACAUCAAGAUACCCUGAGGCAUUUUUGAUAGGCCCCUUGGCAAUUUUGCUUUGAGGUUGUGCAAGGAUCCAUCUUAACCUCCGUGUUGUUAAAUACCUAUAUGAAACUGCUGGGGAACAUCAUUUGGGAAACAAUGUCAACAAUAUGCAGAUUAUUCCCAGCUGUCUUUCUAUUCCACCUGAAAUCAGGUGAUGUUGUGAAGAUGCCAGACCAGAGUCUGGUGACACUAAUGAGCUGUAUGCGGGCCAGUAAAUUGAGCUGAGCCUUUGCCCAUAUAGUUCUCAACAGAUUACAGUCAAUUGCUUACAAGUCUUUCCCAAGUCACAGUGUACCUUUAGAGCUCAGAGGUCAACAGUGAACAUGAUUUUUUCACUGCAUCAACUGCAGGAGAAGUGCCGAGAGCAGAGACGCCCCUUGUACAUCACCUUCAUAGGCAAAGGCCUUUGAUCUCUUCAGCUGAAAAGGACUCUUCACACUGCUCAGCAAGAUAGGUGGCUCACCUAAGAUUGUUUUCUUCCACAAGAAAGUGCACAGCACUGUCCAAUAUGGCGGCUCAUCCCCCUGGGAUGAUGGUCAAAGAGUGUUCUGCCCUAGCCGUACAGACCCAGGGCAAUUCAAAAAACUGAAGGAGAGCAGGACUUUGUGUUUGGGGCAGUAAUUUACCAUUAAAAACAGCAACACCCUCAGUUGGUUCCUCUGGGUGCAUAAAUAAGAAAACUGACUUGCAGUGUGAUUUUUCAAGGAUUUGUGUUUGCUAAAUUGUGUCAGUUAUUAAUAUAAAUAUUGGCAUAAUCAUUUAUUAACUCUGACUGCUUCCCACCACAACUUCUAAUUGUUGCUUAAUACAUUGCCCCUCUGUUCAUUUGAGAAUGUGAAAGCAAUUUUUACACCUUGGCUUAAGAUACAGUUUUUGCUUAAGCUGGGGUGAUAGGCUUAGAGAUUUGGGGGCAAUGAUGUGGAAGGGUUUUUUUGUUGUUGUGUGGUCUUCUGAAGUUUAGAUAGUUACAUUUGUCCCAAAUAAAACUUAGCUGAAUAUUUGAAAAUCCACAGUUGAUACCAAUAGUGACGGGUAAUUUUGUGCUUGCUUUCAGUGUCACAAAAUAGAACAAACUGUCACUUCUCCUGUAAUUAUACAUAGUAAGCAAAGAAUACUCAAUAUAAUGAAAUGAAAUGCAGUGGGUACCCAUGAGUAGUAACUAGGGCUGCCACAUUUCACAGAUCCUGAAUCCUCCACCUUUUGAAGCAGAAAUAAAGUUGGCGAUUCUCACAACUUUGUCGGCCUUCUCCGGCUGCUGGGAAUUGUAAUCCAAAACACCUGGAGGAUGCAAGGUGAUAGAAGGAUGCUUUAUGUCCAUGCUAGGAAAAAAUGGACUGCUUAACAGCAGUCUGACAUAUAGAUGAUAAAUAGGUGAAACUUUUUCCUGUUACCUUGUAUAUUUGUCGGAAAAAGCCUAAUCUGAAUUGUGUGUCAGGUUGCUACAGGAACAGAAGCAGACCUAAGGAAAAAGGUGGGGCAGCCUAAGGAGUACCUGAAUUUAAGUCACCAUGUAUCUUUCACCUUGGUAUAAAAGGUUUAUCUAGGACUCUCAAAACAGUAUUUUCGUUUGCUGCACAUUAGCAUUGGCUACAUCUUACUCUGGUUUUGUUUUGGGUAGUGCAGGUGGGGAAGAGAAAAUUGAACCAUAGCGGAUGCUGUUGCCACUUAGCUGUGAAUAGAUUGAUGUUGGUAUUUGGUAAUCCUACCAGCAAUAUUAGAAGAGCAGAGAUUUGGAUUGUGGUAAACCGUAAUAUUUGGUAAAUUGUCAUAUAAUUCACGAAAUUUUAUUCAAUAAAAUGUUGUGAUAGUCUCCAGUCUAAAUGGUAGAUUUGUAGAGAAUGUUAACCACGAUAGCUAAAUUAAACCGCCAUGUUCAAAGGAAGUAUGCCAAAAUACCAGGGAUUGGGGAUAAACAUCAGUAGAAGUUUGUUUGCUUCAUACCAUACUUGCAGAUUUCCUGGAAGAGUAUGUUGGAAAUGGGGUGUGGAUUAGAUAGAUCCCUAUGCAAAAUCAUAUUUUGUCAUAAGCAUAAGAGAUCGACUUCAGUAUCUCUUGCCAAGAAAAAAUGGGCACAUAAAAUGCAAUGUGUGUAUGUGUUUCUGGGCUUGCUUGGCUCUAAUUUGAUGCUAAAUCGGUUUCUGAUGACUGUCCUAUACCAGUAUGUCAUGCAGAAACAUCUUCACACUGAGUAUCUGUCUUGCAGAGAAUAGUUUAGCAAUGGUAUUAAUGUGUUCCUCCAGCAUGGUAAGAAUAAUGAAUGAAAAAUAUUACGGCUCCCAAGAUGUUUAAGAGCAAAGACCAUCAGUCCUUUUCUCCUCCCGUCUAAUAAAAAAAGCCAUUGUUCAGAGGCCCAUUUAGACAGGUGAGAAAUGUAUCCUUCAGAGCAUUAAAAACCAAGAGUUAGUUAAAGGAUAGUUAAUGUAUUUGCUUCCUCUGUUUUACUUAUAGGGUGCUCUUUAUGUUUGUAACAAACCCUUUAAAAAUUGCUUGCCCUCAGGUCCAAUGGUUAGCCCUCUGACUUGCACAGUCUCUUAAAUUUAGUGGACUCUUAUUAAAUAUGUUAGUGCUGUAAUAUGAAAUGGCAAAGAGGUCAUAUUUAAUUCAGUGCUUUUGGAAACGGUAUCUGAAGCAUUUAGACAUAAUAAAAUGUUCAGUGCUUUUAUUCCAACUCUUUUAAGUACUGAGGCUGGAUGUGAGGAUGCACGGUAGUAUAACUUGAAGAGUCACUUAGUGUGAGUGGAAGCACAGAGCACCUUUCAGAUACAACCUCCUAACAAAGUUAGGAACUGCUUCAGAUUGCGAAGAAGAGUUCACAUUGUGCAGUGGUGGCGAACUUAUGGCAUGCGUGCCAGAGAGGGCACUCAGAGCCUUCUCUGUGGGCGCAUGCGCCGUUGCUCCAUCCGGGCCGUAGCUUCCGUGCCGGGGGUGGGGGAGGAGGAGGAGAGGAGGGCUCACGCGCGCCAUCCAAAGUCUGCGGCACCAGGGCCUGGCGAGCGAAAGAGGGGCUGAGCAAGCAUUGACUUUUGAUGCGCCAGGGCCUCCCGCCAGUCUGUUUUUCCUACUCGGGAGUAAGCCGCCUGGAGUUCAGCAGGGCUCAACUCCUAGGUCAGUAAGCAUAUAAAGACGGCAGCCUGAGAAAGGGCUUCUGGGUUUACAUGUUCGCUGGGCUUUCCCGUGGAAGCCAACAGACAAAUUCAUUCCGUGGAGGCUGCGAUCAAACGGCAGCCGUAGAAAUGGCUAAUAAUAAUAAUAAUAAUAAUAAUAAAUACCCUGCCCAUCUGGUUGGGUUUAUUUAUUUAUAUUUAUUUGUAUGUGUGCAUGCAGACUAUCGUGAUUAUCUCACAUUAAAAAUUGGGAGAGGGUGGCUCUUAGUACAGCCCUCCAGUGUGCUAGUGGCCAAAAUUGUGGAACCUUCUGGAAAAAACGUAUUUGCGAGGUUUGAUGGGUCAUAACACCACUUUGUUUUGGAGUAAUACCAGUGCUUUUCUUCUGUGGGGACGCAUACCCCUAAACAUUUUGUGAAUUUAAUGGGAGAAGAAAUUCACUGUAUUUAUUUUUCCCGAUUUGAACUGUAUUUAUUUCCCCUCGGUGGUGAUUUUCUUGAGUCAAUAUGAGAAUGCCAUUAAACAUUUUUUUUUAGAAAAAUAGCACUGAGUUAUACCAUAAAAUUAUAUAUCAGUGGGAAGAUAAUUUAAUGAAGAAUGUAAUGCAAUAACUUUUAUGAAGGAUUAUUUAUUACAACAGCAGCCAUAAAGAAGAAAUGUGAAACACACAGAAAAAAUGAGAUAUAAAGGUUAAAUUGCCGUGUUGGCACUUUGUGAUAAAUAAGUGAGUUUGGGGUUGCAGUUUAGGCACUCGGUCUCUAAAAGGUUCGCCAUUACUGAUAUAGUGUAAUUGGUAUUGUUACCUUGAAAGCCAUGUUUCCAGUCCACAUGAAAACAGAAAAUUAGAGUUUACAAUAAAUCUGGGUGAAGUUUCCAGUAGUUAGAAUGAAACCUCUGUGCACAAAUUGGAGGGAAAGGCAAGUGCACAUAAAACAAAUAUUGUUCCCAAGCCAUUUGGAAUUCAGUUUUCUCCUAUAAAGGAGGUAGAAAAUAAACUCAUUUGCUUACCUUAUGCUGCCUCAAGGGAAAACCUAAGGCUGCAAUCCCAACAAUACUAAGUACCAUUGAAUAGGACUUCUGAGUAGACAUAGUUAGUCACAGUUCUUCUAAUAUAUUUGCCAACUGCUUGCUCCCAAUAUCAGAGCCUAUAAAGUCUACUUGUGAUUAAGUUCCUAAUACAUUAUAUUUAAGAUCUUAGUUUAAAUCACCAAAGGCAGCAAAGAUUGCUAUUGCUGCACCAGGUGUUGGGUCUUUGACCUCAAGACCACUCUCUCCCAACCACAGAGAGGUAGGUCAGCAGCCUCCCAGCUGUUCUUCCCACUGCCUUAGGAUUGUUCUCAGGAUGUCCAAAUUAAUACUAUGUAGCUUAAGCAUUUAAUUUACUUGUCAGCUGUAUAAUUUGUACUAAAAGGUAUUAAGGACUCUAUUGCCACAACUGUCUCUUAAGAGCAGGGGUCAUAUGGAAAAAUACACCUUCCACAAUUCAGUUAGUUCCAUUGUUGACCCUACUAGAAUAAUACAUAUUAACAUUGCUCUUGUAAUCUUUAAGCAUCUUCAUGAUGGACAAUAAAGAUGAAACUAGAUGUUGGGCUUGACAAAGAUUGCAGAAACCUUGUGUUGAAUUGUUGCAUCUCUCUCUAAUGCUCAGGCACAUUUACUUAUGACAUGUCACCAUGCACUAGUUAUUUAAAAUAUUUGUAUCCCACUCUUCAGCCAAAAAUGAUUCCAGAAUGACUUACAAGAUCAAUAAAAAACAAUGCAGCCCCUGCUCUGGGGCUUAUAAUCUAAGGUAUGAUGCAAAAGGAAAAAGGAACGUGAGUGGAGGAUGCAAAUGUUUUAAAAGUUGAGUGUUGUAAUGACCCAGCUAGAAUGGAAACAGUUUGGUGAGAGGAGGAGCUGGUCUUUCAACACAGCCGAUCGUGUGGCCUUGCUUUCCAUUUCCCCCUCUUCUACAGCCUGAUAGAAUGGCUGCUGCUAUGGCAUAGUUGAGAAUCCAAAAGACAGCUAGUUCCUCUUAGCAGAGCCAAUGGCUCUUCUCUUUUACUUUUCUUCUUCCCUCUGCUGCAGCCUGUUGGAAUGUGAGCUUCUCUGCAGAUUCAUUCAUGGCAGCCAGUGGUGUGCAUCAUGUGCAAAUUCAUAAUGUGAUGACAUAAUGUAAUGGGUAAGAGAGAUUCAAUUUAUGAGGAGAAGUUGGAGAGCUUAACAUGGAGCUGCUAUUUUAUUGUGCCAGUGCCACACUGAACAUUAAGUCUUUUUCUACCAUAUGUUUUGGGUAUUCCUACUGCAUUGACUUGCGUAACUGUCCCACCAGUGCAAGGGUUAAUGCUUGUGCAACAAGACUUUUCUCCCAUCUUCUCUCCCUAGGUGUUCCCUGCAUCCUCCCCAAAUGUACUCGUGAGGGUUGGGGGAAUCCCCAGAACAGAUUUAGGGGCACAUGGUUCAGGUCCUGUGGGGGCCUGGUACAAAUUGGCCUAAACGGAAGAUGCAGAAUUAUCCUUUCAACAAGCUGGUAAAAUAGAUUAGACUGAUUGAGUGACCUAUCUGGGGUACCUGAUGAACCUCAUAGCCUUCAAAACCAGAAGCGCUAUGUCAUUGCACUACUCUUCUGUGAUAAUGGAUAAUGACUCUGAUGACCAGAGAUGAAGCAGCAAUGCAUUUCAUGUAGAGCGUGAAGCUUAUUGGCACACCACUUAAUACAGUGGAGUUACAGAUUCUUGGAGCAUUUUGCUUCAAACAAGGAUGGCCACCUGCCAGCAGUUUCAUGUCAUCCGAAUCUUGUACUAAGGUGUUAAUAUACAGUAAAACCUUUGGUCCACUAUGUUUACUUGUAAGGGAACUUCUUGUUAAGGAAUUGAGAUAUCCAUACUCAGUUGCAACUUCUUUGAAUUUUUGAGUGUGCUGCCAAUGUGCAUGUUACUGUGUAAUGCUUUCCAUGAAUGCAUGUGCUGUCCGACUGGGAAGCCUAGGUGGUGCCAACUUUUGAUAGACUGUGUCCAUUUCUGAAGAGGUCAGUACAUGAGUGACUAGAUAUAUUUUGGCCUCCUGAUGACUCUCGACUAUACAACUCUCGACUAUACAAAAAAAUUGCUGUUCCUUUAGUACAUGAUUUCCAAAUGGUCUACUUAAAGUUAGUUUCUAAACUCUCUCUGGGUUUUAAUCCUGCAUUGUUGCCACAGUUGCUACAAACAUCAGACUUGUUCUAUUGUAGAGCACACUAGAGUACCGUUAUAUUCAUUGCUAAUCUUAUUUUCAAUCUUUUUGCAGGCUGCUGACUUGAGUAAACCAAUAGAUAAAAGGAUAUACAAAGGAACACAACCAACGUGUCAUGACUUCAAUCAUUUAACAGCCACGGCAGAAAGUGUUUCUCUACUAGUGGGCUUCUCUGCAGGCCAGGUGCAACUUAUAGAUCCUAUUAAAAAAGAAACUAGCAAAUUAUUUAAUGAGGAAGUAAGUGGAUACCGUAAUCUUGGUGCAUGCAAACGUUUAUUUUCUUUUAUGGGCUCUCCAUAUGCAUGUUUGUUUUUCCAUUUGAAAAUAGUCACCUUGGAGGGAUACUAGGGGAAGCCUUUGAAAGUGGGAAAGCACAUUUAUAUCACAUUCUGUGAGAGGGACUGUAUCACAGUAAUGCACUAUGGAAGAGGUGGUGGUUUUUCUCACACCCUCAGUUUAUCACCAUUUGCUUAUUGUCAGAAGACUGGAGUACUGUAUGGGAUAUAGCAGUGAACUUAGACUGUGGGCAGCGUUACAUCUGUAUCAUCUCCUAAUCCAAGGGUGGCUAAUCCUCAGGUUGGGGGAUUGAUCUGACUCCCAAAGGCCCAACAAUUUUACCUGUGGCAGCAAAAAAUUAAAAUAAAGCAGACACAGUGCUGAAAUGGGUAGACUCUACCAUUCUGUGAUUGCAUGAAUGCUCUAGACCUAUUUCAGUUAAUAUUAAUGCUUAAAAGUUUGCAUAUUUGCAGAACAUAAAUUUAUUAGUUCUUGGUUUACCUUCGAGCUUGGACAGCUACAUCCGAAGAGCUCCUUCAGGCGAGUUGCACUCAGUGGUUUCUUAAGCUUGAACAGCUUAUUGCUUUGGAGCUUUCCUCAAUUUCAAGUAUUUUACCAUGCAAUGAAACUGGAACACAUACAUACCAGCCUUUGCAUGCCCAAGACAGUUUUGGAACCAUGAAACUUUUUGGGACCAUGAAAGUGAUUUUUGGAUUGCUAAGUAAAUAUUCUAGAGGGGUGGUUAAUUCAUAAUUUAAGACAACUAUGCCCAAACACCUCCACCUGUUCUCCUUUUGCAUAUAAGGCAAGAUCACAGAAUUGUAGAGUUGGAAGGGACCACGAAGGUCGUCUUGGCCAACUCCCUGCAACGCAGGAGUCUUUUGCCCAACAUGGGGCUCGAACCCAUGACUCUCAGAUUAAGAGUCUCAUGCUCUACUGAUUUAGCUAUCCCAGAUCAUCAGCUCUCCAAAGAUGGAUCAGCACAAUUUGGACAAAAUGUGCUGCAACUUGCUUUAGGUAUAGUUUAUCGUUCAUUGCCGUGGUUUGUAAAGAAAAUAUAACACUGUGAGAGCAGUUGUAAGUCACAAACCUUGUUCCACAAUUUUAUACUGGCUUUAAUGCGUUGUUACUGAUGAUGAUAGAUAAUAAUAAUAAUAAAAAAAUCUGGUGCAACUUGAAAGAAGCAUUUUUUUGUUUUAACUUGUUGAGGAUCAGUAUACCAUAUGAUGGUGAGAUGUUUGGCUGCCAGAUUUUUAAAGUAGAGAGAUCUGUAAUUUAAUUUGAAUACAAAUCCUACUUUAAAAUGAGUCUCUAAAAUCUGAUGCUAAAAGGUCUUGCCUUCUAUCCACCCAUAAAUAUGCUCAGCAGUUUGCUAUAGCAACUCAGGUAGUUGCAAACACAUUCAAAACACAUUUCUGCAUUUCUAGCACCUGUGUCAGUAAAAUCGUUACCUCGAAGUCUAACAUUGAUUAUGACUCAGUCGAAUUAUUCUAGAAGGUGGAUCCUUGAGUAUCCCUGAAUAUAAACUGGGUUGGGGUUUUUUUGGGUCCUGUUCUCUUGAAUGUCAGCCAGACCUAUAAAACCUUCUUUUGUUUCAUUGGCUGAAAAUGUUUCACUUUUCGGGGGUUCAGGAGGCAUAUUCCUGAAAGUGGUCACCUUAGUACAGAAUAUGGUGGACUUUGAGCUGGGCAUGUUUUUUUCUUUGAAGUUUGCUGAGACAAGAGUAGUAAAGAACUCUGCAUCUCACUAUAAAUUUGCUAGCUUGGAUCCUAUGAUAAGUUGACUUAAGGAUGCUUACAGGAGACUUUCUCAUCUUCUCCUGCUACCGCCCACAUGAGAAAAAACUCUCCAGAACAAUGUGAGAUGGGGAAAUGUGUGUUGGGGGGUGGCAUCUUCUGUGGGGAGGAGUAAUUGCCAAAAAUUGGGCUUAGAUCCCAGUAUAAGCUUUAAUGUAAGGGAUUUCACAAAAGGAAAGUGCCCUGUUCUCUUCUUUAUUAUUAAUAUUACCAUCUUUCUCUCCCCCGCCCUCACGCCAGGGAAAUGCAAACCUUCUUUGCUUGUACUGACUCCAGAUUAUCAGGGAUCCAUUAGCCCCCAUACCUCAACCCACCCUAUUCAGCAGGUUCCCCUGAAGCACAGAGAGGAAAUCAGCUUUUGCCAGCCUCCUUCCAUGGACUCUUCUCUAGACCAUCCCAGCAUUUUCUAGCUACAGCUGCUCAUUUAACAUAUUGUGCAUUGUACACAAUUUGUCAUGUUGAUGUAUAUCCUAUAUUGAACAAGACAGGGCAAGAACUCUAGGAUGAGGUUUUCACAUUUCAUAAUUUGAUUAUUAUUUUUUCUAUAGUCUCCAGGGAUUAUUGAAAUUAUAGUGUUUUCCCUCAGUGAGCAGCCUUUACAUCACUGUACUUGUGAAAAAGUAUUGUAUCAUAAAUUUUGGUUAAAUAAAUAAAAUAAGUUGUGUCCCAGUUGAAGACAUACUACAGUAUUCCAGAGAGGGAAGGACAUUUAGUUUUAUAGCUGGUUACAAAAAAAACCCCUGGUAUUACUGUUAUUUGCUUCUUCCCUUUUUUGUUGUGAUGCUUGAAUGGCUUAGGUUGGCAGAAUAAUGAUAAAACCCACAGAAGUGCCAUUACUAUCACUUAAAGAUAAUGAACCCACAGGCCAAAUUGCAUUGGUUGUUCAUAGAAGCCCAGCACAGGUAAUUGGAAGGUGGAAUCCGCAACUGAAAAUCUCUUCCAUCUAUCGUAACUAAUUACCUUGAAUGUCUAGACAUCUUCUACACAAAAGCAAUGCAGUAUUUGUUAAGUGGCUCAAAGAUUUUAACUUGCCCAGAUACUAGAUCUCUCCUCCCCAUCCUAGGUCCAGACUGUCAAAGUAUUUUUUAAGUUGAGCAUACUUUGCAAUUGCCAUUAUUUUUGUUCUGCUUCCUUCUUAUUUUCACUUCAGUACGGUAGAGCUAUAAUACUUAAAGUGGUCCCAUUAUUCCACUAAAUUACUUCUUCUAUUUUGGAUCCUUAAAGCCAGGUUCCUUUUUCCAAGGACAAAUUAAGUGGUUGUCUUUUCAGGCCCCCCCCCCCCCAAUCUAUGUCAGAUUCAGAUUUGAUGAGUAAGUUCUUCCCAGAAUGUACACAGCCUGACUUUUUUUUUUCCAUUGAACUGUGUUAAGGGAGGCUUGCCACAAAUCAUGCUGACCAUUGUAAUGUUACUCCAGAUCUACACGGGGUAAGAAAAGCACACAGUAGCUUAGAACUGAAGUAGUCAUAAGCUUGUUUUCUGCAAGUAGAAUAACUUUGCGUAUUAAAUGCCGACUGGCAGAAAGUUAAUUACCUUGUUAAAUGAAAAAUCAAGAUGACUCUGAUGUGUACCUUCUUUCCUUUGUUUUCCAGAGACUAAUAGACAAGUCCAGAGUAACUUGUGUAAAAUGGGUUCCUGGUUCAGAAAGCCUCUUCCUAGUAGCGCAUUCCAGUGGCAAUAUGUACUUGUAUAACGUGGAACACAAUUGUGGUACCACAGCCCCACACUAUCAGCUACUCAAACAAGGAGAAAGUUUUGCAGUCCAUACAUGCAAGAGCAAAUCUACACGAAACCCUUUGCUUAAAUGGACAGUAGGCGAGGGGGCCCUGAACGAAUUUGCUUUUUCCCCAGAUGGGAAAUUCUUGGCAUGUGUAAGCCAGGAUGGCUUUCUUCGUGUAUUUAACUUUGAUUCUGUGGAGUUGCACGGUACAAUGAAAAGCUACUUUGGAGGGCUGCUGUGCGCAUGUUGGAGCCCCGAUGGCAAAUACAUCGUGACAGGCGGAGAAGACGACUUAGUGACUGUCUGGUCUUUUGUGGACUGCCGAGUGAUAGCUAGAGGCCACGGACACAAAUCCUGGGUCAGCGUCGUGGCCUUUGAUCCGUAUACCACUAGCGUAGAAGAAAGUGACCCAAUGGAAUUCAGCGGCAGCGACGAGGACUUCCAAGACCUUCUUCAUUUUGGAAGGGAUCGAGCAAACAGCACGCAGUCUAGGCUAUCUAAAAGGAACUCUACGGACAGUCGUCCAGUAAGUGUCACAUAUAGGUUUGGUUCAGUGGGCCAGGACACGCAGCUAUGCUUAUGGGACCUAACAGAAGAUAUCCUCUUCCCACACCAACCCCUCUCGAGAGCAAGGACACACACAAAUGUCAUGAAUGCAACCAGCCCACCUGCAGGAAGCGGUGGAGCUAAUCCAGGCAGUAAUGGGAACAGCAUCACAACACCUGGGAACUCUGUGCCCCCUCCUCUUCCACGGUCCAAUAGCCUUCCACAUUCUGCCGUCUCCAAUUCUGGCAGUAAAAGCAGUGUCAUGGACGGCGCCAUUGCCUCUGGCGUUAGUAAGUUUGCAACCUUAUCACUACAUGAUCGGAAGGAGAGACACCACGAAAAAGACCACAAGCGAAACCAUAGUAUGGGACAUAUAUCUAGUAAGAGCAGUGACAAACUGAACCUAGUUACUAAAACCAAAACGGACCCAGCAAAAACUUUGGGAACGCCCCUGUGUCCCAGAAUGGAGGAAGUUCCUUUGUUAGAGCCUCUUAUCUGUAAAAAGAUAGCACACGAAAGACUGACUGUGUUAAUUUUUCUUGAAGACUGUAUAGUCACUGCUUGUCAGGAGGGAUUUAUUUGCACAUGGGCAAGGCCUGGUAAAGUGGUAAGUUUUAACCCUUAAUGCUGCAUCAAAGAAGUAGAACUUGAAUAGGUAGUUUUUCUCAAAACAUAACUGAAUGUUGAAUAUAAAAUUUCUUUAUGCUUAAUGUAAAAAAGAAAAAAAGAAAAGAUUAUUUCCUCAGAGCCAUACUUUUGGAUACUGCAUGCCAUAUUUCUGAACGAUUUGAAGUGUCUGGCCCAGGUAAAGUUCUUUUGAAAUACAGUUGCCUUCCAUCUGGAGAAGUAUUGUGUAUCCAAAGUGUCCGUGAUAGUUUUCCUAUAUUUUCAAAAGCUAUUUUUGUAUAACAUGAUUCAGACAAAUCUAAAAAAAAAUCAACUAGUGAGGGUAGAAUUGUAAGGGCAUUCAGGAUAUCGGAUUGGUUGCAGCUUGGGUAAGCUGUGGCUUUGCAUAACAUGCAUUCUGGGUAAAUUGAAGUUGGAACACUUAUUCUGACAGGAAUCCAUAAAGCAGGGUCUGUUCUCACUUUUUUUUUUCUUUCCAAAAGUUAGUCUCUUCCUCCUUCGGUGAUCAUCUCAAGAGCAGUUUUUAGUGUCGCCAUUUAAAAUUUGAAUAAACUUGGUAUUAAAUAUACGUUGUAAUAUCCUGAUCUUUAAUAUCAAUCUUCUCCAAAUAUGUAAGGUCACUUUUUUAAAAAAGGCUUCCUAGUGAAUUGUAUCCCUUACUCAUUUCUACCCCCUAAUCACUUUACAGAACGUUUGUGUUAAAGGUAUUUUUAAUUCAUGCAUUUUUUUCAUUAAAUCCACAGCCUUAAAAUGUGGCACUAGUGAUGUCUUCUUUCAUGUUAAGAAACUGAAAUUAUCUAUUUAAUAUUUAGUACUUUCUACUGAUAAAAAUUAUUUUGCCUUCAAAUACUCAUGGGCAAUUUGCAGGCUAUGGCCAAGCUCCAAGACUUUUGAGGUGGCUUUUGGGCAUGCAGUUUGGUUGACUUUGGCUUGCUCUUCUCAGAGGGGGCUCCCCAAAAGCAACCAAUAAGGGUUGGGGGGAUCCUUUAAUUCAGAACCCAACACUGUGUGAGAGGUUAGAGCUGCAAGCAAAGACUUGGGAAGCCCAGUGUGUGCAUUGGAAUGCACACAUGGGUUCUCCUGAUCUUUGCCUAUGAUGGAUAAACCAGCAAAAGACCCUAAAUGGCAGCUGGUUAUCUUCUGGAGAUCUUCCUGAAGGUUCCUAAACUUGGUUCCUAAAUCUUCCAAAACUUGGAAAGUGUUGUUGAGAGUUUCUGAAGUGCAUCUGUUUUACAAAAUUAACACUCUUCCAGUAGACAUUAAUGCCCAUUUUGACUGUAAGGAUUCACAGCUUCUCUAAAAUAUGUAAUAAUUAGAUAUAUUAAGUGAAAUCUUAUCAAACAUGUUCUGGUAUGUAAUGUCACCUGUAUGCCUUAUCUUGGAUAGACAAUCUGGAAAAAUAUGGCAUUGCUUUUCGUGUGGGGGGAAAAGCAAAUGGUAAGGAUAAAGGACAAAACUGUCUAUGUUCCCAAGUGCUAAAAUCAUGGAAAUGUGUGUAUUUCUGUGCCAGGGGCCAAACAGUUUUGAAGGUAAUUUUGCAGAUGUACAUUGCUGAGCUAUCCAGCAUUGCUGGUAGCUAUCCAAGCCCCUCUGCUUACUAUAUUCUAAAGUAACUUAACAUUCACCCUUUGGCUACUUGCAUUUCUAUUAAGUAAAAAUUCUGCAAAUAAGUUGUGUUUAAUCGGUAAAGGUCGUAACUUGCACGCAAAUGACAAUUUGAUUUGGAGCACAUUUCAAAUAUUUCAGAGAUAAGUAUGCAGUACCAAAAGCUAGGAUUUCUCUAUUUGGCCAAUGCGGAAAUCUUUAAUUAAAGGUAAGUUUCAUACUGAUGUUGUUCACUAGGUCUUUGAAAACUAAUAUCACACACUGAUGUAAAUGCCAUAUUGCUUAGGAUGUGUUUAUUUAGAAUGGGUUUCAGAUUAUUAUUAUGCUUUAUUUUUGCAGUCGGUGAGCUCACUCAGCUGGCCUAAAUUAGCAAGUUAGGUGAUAUGUUUACAUGGCUCUGGCCAAGAAAGUCUUUGUUCCAGAAAGGUGUUAAUAAGCACCAUUUUCGUUCUAUAGGAGAGCACUUACUAAACUUUAUACUUAUUUAAUGAGUCUUCAGAAACACUCAUGGUAACAUAUUUCUUUCCCUUGGGUUAUACACUGCAUAUGUUAGUCUUGCCUAUAGUUUAGUUCCGUAGCUUUUAAAGAGUUUAAAGCUGCUACCUUCCCGCGUUGACAUUUCUCCCCCAGGCUCCUCAAAAAGUACUUCCAUUGCCCUUUUCCUCUGCUGAAUUUGUUUCCCACCCACCCUUUGGCAGAGGAUCUCAGUUGGAAAGAAGGGCCACAAACUUCCAGUUUGAGGAGCAAAUGGGCCAGAAGACUCAACCAGUUGCGCAGUCUGAAACCUCACUGCUACUGAGCCAACCCUGUCUUUUUCCUUCCUCACCUGUCUGUCUGCCAGGCUGAUGCAGUCAGGAAAGCAAAUGUUAUUUUCUUGAGAAGAACAGGGUUCGAAUAGGCAGGAGUGGGCAACCUGCGGUAUUCGUAUUGGGCUCCCUUCAGCCCCAGCCAUCAUGGCUGAUGGUUGAGGACGAUGGGAGUUGUAGUCUGACCACACCUGGAAGGCCGCAGGCUAACCCAUCCCUGGUACGGACAGUCCCUCCUUAGAAUAAGCUGAUAUUUGGCUAGACUUGAGUCUCAGAGACCCAUAGGACAGAGGAAGCCAAUGUAGUGCCCUGCAGAUGUCACUGGACAAUAUCUCCCCUCACCCCCGCCAUAGGGCACAGACAGACUCACUGCUGGGUUGGAGCAAGAAGAUCUACGCUACAAACAUUAUGACCUCCGUGUAGCAUUUGUACCGUGUCUUGAGCUUCCUUAACUCCUUUCUCUUUUGAAAUGCUACUUAAACACGAGUUCAGAUCUAAAGUACCAUGUUCAGCAGAAAACGUGGGACAAGCCCAUAUUGCAUACCGCAGCAACAUUUUAGAAGUGCACUAAUUUGUGGGAGAAACUACCUACUCUACAGGAAACAAAACUUCUCAGUAAUGACUUUGUAAAAAUAUAUAUAUAUGCUGUACUACUGGGAAAGACAAAACUGCUUAUCUAUCUCUUGGCCAUUUCCUUCCUGAUUACAUCGUAUGGCAGAGAUGGCAGGGAAGCUUUUGCAUUUCUUUUGCAGUGCUACUGUCACACAUGGAGGUGUUGCUUUCAGUAGCAGGCUAUUCUGCAGCCCUCCUGGGUGUUACUGGACCGCAGCUCCCAUCAACCCCCAUGCAGCAGAGCCAAAGGCUGGGGAUGAUGGGAGCUGCAGUCUAGCAAAACCUGUAGGGCCGCCGCAUCUUUAUCCCUGAUCUACAACCCCUUGUAAUUUCAGGGGAACUUGCCACUACUUAACCGGAAAACUCCUGGUAAGAAAGAGUGGACAACUGCAAAUGAAUACAGUAGUUGAGUGAAAUGGCAGCAUAUACCCUGGCUGAGAAAAUGUGUUACCACUUUGUACAACAAAAUGCACAUGAAAUUUAGAAUAUUUAUUUGAACUAUAUUGUACAGGGGAAAAUCUAGAGUUAAAUUAUAGAACGUCCUUUAGUUUUCCAAUAAACAGGAACUAUAUAGUACAGCAUCAUGUUUAAAUGAGUUCUAUCAUUGCUGUUUUAACAGACAUUUUGUUUUACUAUUUGGGCAUGGGAAGACGUCACGUUUACUACUAAAUCUUCAUUGGCAAAGGGCAUUUCAUUUGUUAGAACUGAAGUAUAAAGUGCUGUUGGGAAGUACUAUCUUAUUUCGUUUGAUUUAAUUUUAAAUUCAGGGAUGGUUAGGAAUUGCUAAAUCAGUUCUUGAUUUUGAGGUUGCCAUGAUAUAAAAUGAAAUAUAUUGAACCAUAAACACUGCAAAUGGGAGUUGGGAUUCCUUGAAAUAUUGCCAUGCAAAGUUCUCGGGAUUGGUGUUGGCUUAGUACACCAGGUUAAGAAGCUGCCCAGUUGAGAGUGGGCCAGUUACUUCUGUGAAGCCAGGAAAGAGUAAUUGCCUUAUUAUGUGGGUGUCCAGAUUAGGAGGGAAAGAUUCUUACUAAAGACUUUUCAGAAAUGCUUGAUCUUUUGGAACUCAGUUAUGUACUUGAAAAGACUGUAUAUGUCUCCUCCUACCACGUUAAAGCUACUAAAUUUGCAUUUAGAAUAACUGCUGGCCUGCUUGUGUUCUUAAAGAAAGAAAACCAGCUAAUUUACUGUCACAUAACUUGUGUAAAGUUUAAAAGCGAGACUUUUUUCCUGCAUUUAUGAAAUCUGUAUACAUGAAUUUGUUAAGAUUGACACGUUAGGUGAUACUGUACAAAAUUGUAAUGAUAUAGUGAAAAAAAAUCAACAGUAAAAUUCAUAUGUAUUUUCUUUAUAAACGUCCAUCUAAUUUCUUGACAACUUGAAUAAAUUUCAUAAGAGCCUUUCUAACAUAACAAAUUGUUAAACUAAAUUGACUGUUGCAAUAAUAAUGAAGCUUUAAUAAGUAUUGUUAUAUUUAUAAUUUUAAAAAAUCAUGUUUGUUUCAUACUGCUUAUUUUUUAGCGUUUUAUGUCACUGUUUCAGCUGAAGAACCCUACUAAAUACUUGACAUUACAGAAUAAUUUACUGGGGUUGUCCUCUGUAUACUGACAUUAAAUAAAAAGUGUGACUGAACUGUAAAAUGUAGAUAACUGUCAAUAGUGCUUCUCAUGCCUGAAGUUCUAAUAUUGAUCUGCCGCAGUUAAGACUUCUAUGCAGGAAGAAGCAUAUUCCUGAACGAAAAAUGGCCACCGUGAAACUGCUGCCUCUGUAACUGCCAUUUUUAUAAAUGACCAAUGUACAACCUCUUAUUUCAUACAGUUUUCAGAUGUUAGCUUUGACUUACUUACCUAUAUUGAUCUGUCAUAAUUCAUGUCCAUUUGAACUGUCAUAGAUACCAUACUGGAUUGUUAUAUGACUUAAAUGAGAAAAUAUACAGUGGGCCUGGUUAAAAUGGGUGUUUCUAGUUUAAAUAACAGGGAAUUGUGGGAGAAGGUAAGAUGAUGAUGUAAAUCCAUUAAACAACCAAUGGAAUGGAGAAUUGAUGCCUUUUGGAUUCUACAGGAGCUCUUUUGUUUAUCAACAAUGUAUGUUAACGUUUAAGCGCUUUAGGGGCUGCUCACCAGAAUGAAGUGCAUAAAAGGACAACCCAAGGCUAACUUUAAACACACAUUUGUGCAACUCUGAAGUGUUUGGGUAAUGUAGGCUGCUGAUACUGCAUGUUGCUGGCAAACUUUAAUUCAAAUUUGGUUAGACCACUUGGUUCUGUGUUCUCUCCAAAAGCAAGAGUUCUUAAUUGUAUCAGAAGCAGGCAUGGUAGUGUCACUAGAAGGUAUCUUCCCCAGGCUGGCACGUUGAAUAUGGAUUUAAAAAUCCAUCUCCCAACUUGGUUUCCAAAGCCAUACUUCCUACUACUGUUCGGUUACGUUACUUUCUAGUUACCCAGUUCCUAUGAUUCCUGCCCAUUUGCCUCUGUGCACCAAAGUGGCUUUAAAUCUAGCAGUGACCCCCCCCCUCCCCAAGCUUUAUGAAAACACAGAAUGAAAAGGGGAGGGGGUGGAGCUGUCCUUGCUGAAGAGUUAUAUGACCACUACCUUCGGGUACAGAGUCUGUGUCACAGCAAGAUGAUAUUCAUUUGAAGCCCGGCGUCUAAUCUGACUUUCAGCAUGUAGCUUUCCCCAGGAAAAGCAUUUGAAGAUUCUCUGCACUGGCUCCAGUUUAAUUUUUGAAUGGAUCACCCCUAAUUUUGGCCAUCGGGCAACUUAGCUUCCAAACUUGACGAGAGAGACAAGCUCCUCAGUGGGUACGGCAGUUUCUGCUAAAUUAGCAACCAUAACCCUAUCUUGGUGUGAGAUCCUACUUGCAGAGAGUAUAUACCUUGAACAUAGGAAGGGUAUUGCUCCUUGAAGUUUGCUGUAUUCAGGGUACCAGUAUGGUACCCAGGAUUUCAUUUGACUCCUACCUCCAUCAGCCCAAGCCAGCCUGGCUGAUGGUUGGUGAUGAUGGGAGAAGUAGUGCAGCAACAUCUGGAGGCACCAUGUUAGGUACCCCUGGCAAUAGACCUUGUAGAAGUGACAUGCAAUGCACUAGAGCACGGUGCCCCAACUACGGCCAAAUGCUUUUUCGUGUCUCAUUGAUAGAAGCAGAGUAUGUUGCAAAAGGGAAAGUGGAUAUAUUUUAGAAGAAGUCUGGAAGAAGAACUUACAUCAAUAAGAUUAUGCAGUCUUAAUUUCUGUAAAGAGAUUGGGUGGUGUCCAGUGAAGUCUUCCGACAGAAGUAAUACACCAGAUGAAUGGGAGGCAGGCAAAUUUUGGCGAUUCUGCCUCCCCCUGCACCCCCUAAAUGCGUUUCAUAGGGCUCCCCAUUGUUAACCAGUCUUGGAUGGAAUAGCUUAUUUUUAUUGCGCCUAAAGAGAGCAGCCUUUUUUGUCUGUCAGGUAGCUUUGGCUCUCACUGUCUCAAUAUUUGUUGCAGUGUGUUAUGCAAGGUACCGGUUUCCUCCCUGAGUAUUUGCAUAGAAGCAAUGUUGUUUCAACUUUGUCUGCUUGCCCAAGAAAAAUACUUGAAUCGUUCUAAGAACCUUUUCCUGUCUUGAUGUGCCAAGCAUUCGAAAAGAAAUGUUUUAUAUUGAUCAUAGUUGGAUUUCUUUUUGAUAGUUUCCUUGUACAACCUUUCUGAAACAGUCAAUUUUCUUUAAAAACAAACUAGGGAAUGAUCCUGUCUCGUUUCUGUGGAUGUUCUCUUCAAACAUCUCGAUGUAUGUGCAAACAAAAAGGAAAAACUAUAGAGAGCAGCUGGAUUCCCUCCUUAGACUUAAGGAUGGUACCUUAAGAGAUUCAAAAUGUAUUAUGCCCUACUUGUUAUAUUUGAUAGAGAAAUAGCUUACCUUUUCAUUCUAUCGAGUAAAUGAUUACUUGAAAGCGAUGCCUACAUAAUAACCAUGGAAGGUUGGGCCAGUGAAAAUUUAUUGAUUUGCAUAUAGUAAGUGUGAGGCCUACAGAAAACCUGGCUUCAGUUAUUCUACAAUGUCUCUGCUAAGUUUCCUUUCUUUCCUGUGUGUGACUGAGAUAUGCAUGUAAUAGAUUUUGUUGAAGCUGAUCAGUGUCAUUUUAUAAGAAAACUAUUCAUUACGGUGUUGAUAGUUUCUGUUUCCUAAGCCCCACAAAGCCAAGAUAUAUUUGAUCCCUGAUUAUAUCUGUAUACUUGGGGCAUACCAGCUCAGAUGUCAGCUGCACCCCAAGGCACUAAAUAUAUUUUGAUUCUUUCCUGGUUGGGAAAUUUAGGGGAGAAAUACAUAUUAAAUAGGAAUGAUCUACACUAUAAUAAAUGAAAGUCUGUUAUUAUUUGGGUUUAAAGCAAACCCUUCUCCAGAGUCCUGCACUAUCCAGAAACAGAUGAAACAGUACCAAAAAUACCCACAAGGGAAUACUAGAACACACAGGCUUCAAGUAGUGAUCUUUUUCAAACUCUUUACUACUUCAGAGCUGAAAUGUCCCACUUCUAGCUUUAACAGAAUUAGAUAUUUGGGGAUCUUACAGCUGUUGCUGGGAUCCAGCUUCUUUCAGCCCCAGCCAGCAUGGUCAGGGAUGUGGGAGUUGUAGCCCAUAACAUUUGUUGGGUUGUUAUUUUUAUUAUUAAAGUUAUUAAAGGAAGCAAAAUGGAGCUACAAUAAUAUUUUAACACCCUAGGGUUCCACAGCUUAAACUGCUGUACGCGGGGAGAAGUGAACGGAGGCCACACACAGUAUUUGAGCUAGUUGGCUAAGCGGCUUGAAAAGUAUUGAGUAUGAGAAGUUCUUUAUACUUAAAUGCUCCUUGAACAGGCUUGUGGUGAUGGGGACUGACUGAUCAAUACAAAAGUCCUCUGGGUGUCAAAUUAGUCAUGUAGUUCUCUGGACCCAGGCCCAAGUGUUUUAGAUAAUUUUGAAGGACAUUUUUAUAUUGUCAAACAGCUUUGUGCUGACGGGAGUCACCAUUUGUUAGCUUGAACAGCUUAGAACUUGGAAAGAGUAAUAGAAGACAAUUAGAAUAUCAUUAAAAUUUGCCAACUCUUGCUGAACUAGCAAUGCUCAAAGACUGCCCAGUUUGCCUUUUAACAUAGAUGUUUCAUUCUUAGUUACCGUAUUUUUCGCCCCAUAGGGCGCACCGGCCCAUAGGACGCACCUAGGGGUUUUUUGGGGGGGGGGAAUAAAGGGAAAAAAAUUAUUUCCCCCCCAGAACAGGCAGCUCUCCGCAAGCCUUGGGAGACCGGCACGACUUUCCGCCGGGCUCCCACGCCUUGCAGAUAUCUGCCUGAAGCCCAAACCAGGUCGGGGAACAGCGGGAUGGCGGCGUUCUGCCUCCCCGCUGUCCCCCGAGCUUGUGGGGCUGGCGGCAGGGAGAAGCGCUCUUCUCCCCACCGCCAGCCUCCAAACCAGGUCGGGGAACCGAAGCCCGGGGCGCGCUGUGCAGUGCGCCCCAGGCUUCGAGAUGCAGGCUGCUAUCCGCAAGCCUAGGGAGCCCGACGGGAACUCUCGCGGGCUCCCAAGGCUUGCGGAGAGCUUCCUGAAGCCUGGAGAGCGAGAGGGGUAAGUGCGCACCGACCCCUCUCGCUCUCCAGGCUUCAGCAAAAGCCUGCAUUCGCCCUAUAGGACGCACACACAUUUCCCCUUCAUUUUUGGAGGGGGAAAAGUGUGUCCUAUAGGGCAAAAAAUACGGUACUUAUGGCUAAUGGAUCUAUUACUGGCAACUGGCUAUAGGAGGAAAAAUGAAUCAUUAAAGUUGGGCUUAGCAAUGGCUGUUAUUGUGUGUACUCCGCAAGCAAAAGUCCAUAGCUCAGUUGCAAACUGGGCCCGCUCUAGAUAUGUUGUUGCCUGAUAGAACAUCAAAUCCCUCCUUUCAAGGUACAUAGUACCCAAGGCCAGCCAAGUUAUUUUGGCACCUGAGGAAGAAAAUCCUUCAAGCACUUCUUCCUGGCACUAAAAAGAAUAAGCUGCAAUUUCCUGCUCUUUAAUGAUACUCAAAAUCAGGUACUUGAGGUGGAUGCUUCACUUCCUCUAAUGAUCGGGCCAGCCCUGGAGAGAGUCCAUGGUGUUUGUAUACAGAAGAUUCUAGAUUCACUGGCAAGCACCUGCUGUUAAAGGAUUUAAACUGGAUUUUAACAAGCAGAACUGGGAAAGAGCUGCUGUUAAUCAGAACACUUGGACCAAUGGACAACAGUCAGUCAUAUUUUGUAAUUUUUUCCCAUACUUAACCCAUCUUAUGCAGAGUUUAGAAUAUGAUGGCCUCUGUUUUCGUUGCUUUAUUUUAAUAGGAUACACUUCCGGCAUUUAUAGUUUCAUAGAUAGUUUUGAAUGGGUACAUGCCAUAGAAGUUCUAAGAAGCCAGAAUGCUGGAUGAAUAAGAUUUUCAUGCCUGGCAGAAGCAGAACAUAUUAUGCAAAUCCAGCAAAUAGAUGUAAUUUCUUCAUAAUCAUACAGGUCACAGAAUUCAGCUUCUCUUGGUCCAGAGCUCUUGAGUCAGGCUAGCUGCUCGCAGCCAGCCAAUUAGAACUUGCUCGUUCAGAGGCUGUAUACUGGUGCUUAAAGAAAUUGUUGGGAAAGUUACACACCUCUGACAAUUUUUCAAGUCUAUGCAUGCGGGGGGGGGGGGAGAUCUAUUUCCCCAUCCAAACACACUUUUGCAUUAGGGAUAUAUGUUUGAGUACACUUCCAUAUCCAAAUAUAAAUGUAUUUGCUCUGCACUACAUUUUUUCAAUGGGAUGCAUGUGCAAUCACACCAUAGAAGAUCAUGGGUCCAGCUGCCUUGGAAAUGGGUACAUGUUCCCAGUUCCCUCCUCCCCUGCCCCCCAGCAGUGACAGAUGAGAAGAAACGGUGGCUGUGAAGAGCUAUGGAAAUGUGCAGAAAUGAAAACUGGAGGCAUGAACCAUGGGGACUUUGGUAGUGAAAAGUGAUCCUCACCAAUUCAGCUGAGAGCACCACUACCUACAUCUGUCGUCUAAGUCCAUUUUUGUUGUCAAACUCUGAUUAUGAACACCUGGGUUAACAGUAAAUCAUUGAUGUUGGAUGAUAUUCAUCAUUUGGACCUGUGGUCUAACCAAGUAAAGCAAUUUGUUUAUUAAUAUUGACAUGUAUGAGAAACGUAAAGAAUAUAGUGACCAUACAGAUAUCAGCCACAGAACGGACCGUGUUUUUUAGCUACGUUGAUUAAGGGUUGCCCAUUAGCAUUUAUUUUGCCUAUUGAAUCCGACUUUGGGGCCGUCACUCCUAUGACAUGGCAAGUUUGUGCAGAUGGUUUAGAUCUGACUUAACAUUUGUUUGCUACUUUCUCCUGUCUCAUGUUUCUAGCUAAUGCUAUACUCUUUAUUCACAGUGGUGUUUUCUUAAAGGCUCCUUUCCCAUUUUGAAAUCAGCAGUUUUACACAUUUUUCUCUGGGACACAACUUUGGUGUGGGGUGUGCUAGACUAUGUUGUGCAUAACACUGUAAUAUGAAAAGUGUGUGCCUACCGAAACAGUGGUUAGGCUACUGGGCUUAAAAUGAAGACACUUUGAAUUAUACCCUAGUGCACCCGGAGGAGCUAUGUCUGUCUUUCUGUGCUGCUACCUGAAAUGUCAUCUUGAAUAAACUUGGUUUAGACGUUUUUAAGAGAUGAAAAUAUCAGGCCAGGUUCUGGUCUGGGUAGCUUGUGUUCUCCAAAGCAGGGCACUUUUGUCCAACCUGGUUUCAAGAGCAGGGAGUAUACUUCUCUUUCAUAGCGCUUUCUCAGUAUUUGGGUUGGACCCCAAAAGAGCUCCUGUAGAUUCCGAAGACUUAAUUCUACAUUACAAUUAAUAAUAAUAAUAAUGAUUUGUACCCCGCCCAUCUGGUUGAUCCAACCUGAAUUUCACAAUAUUCAGGUAAGAAAAAUACCUGCAAAACCAAGUAUUCAAAAUGAGGGAUUUCCCCCAUGCAUACUUAAAGUGGAACAAUGGUAUUUAAGAAACAAAACUAAAAAAACAAGCACCCAGGUUAGGUGUAGAUGCCAGUGUAUCUGUUAGGGGAGGGGUGUAAUACAGAAAUGUUCAGAACCGUAUCUCUAAAGCCAGCUUUGCUAGCCUUGCUGAUCAGUUUCUGAUUGGAGAAACUGUUGCUAAGUGAGCUGCAAAUUAAAUAUGAAACGAGCAGUUCCCAUUGUUUAAAACUCAGUUUUAAAAAAAUGCUAAUUGGAAACGUGAGAGUUCACUGCAAGCGCAACCACUAGCUGCAGUUGCUUGUUAGUGUUCCGUUUGUGGGUUUCAUUAGAGGUGAAAUGAUUUCCUAUUAAAGGGUUGCUUCCCUGUGAUGUCUAUGUCUGACAUAGCAACAUUGGUUCUGUUGGCUUGGCAGAUCCACAGGCUGGGAAGGGUCCAUUACGUCAUUUGAAAAAGCAGGGUAAUUUUCCCCUCCCAACCAGCAGUUCUGCAUCCAAGAAGCAAUAGGCUGCAGCAUCUUUCCUUGGCAUAGAUACAGUGGUUGAGAGGGGCUCCAGGUUGCACUUUGAAACAUCUGGCUGAAGAGCCCCUCAUGAAUACUUGCGUCUUAUGGUUGCAAGGUGCAUACAGCAGGGAGAGAUACAUGUUGAUCGUAACCUCCUGGUAAAAGACUUGUGGCACAAAUGUGCCCUGUAGCUCACUGACUUUUAUGUUUUUAAUAGGAUAGCUUAAGUUUUGCAAGACAUGAGCUAAAAUCUAAUCAUACUACGGUCAUAAUCAAGAUUCCUGGGGCCUAUUAAAAAUGAAUACAUACUAUGUUAUAAGCUUCUGUGGACUAAAACCCACUUCGUCAAGUUUUAUCAGGAUACUUCAUGUUCAUUUUAAAGCAGCAACCAUAUUCCUUCCUUGCUGGAACAUAUUACAGCUGCUACACCCCUGGAAUUCUAAUUAUGAUCUACAUCUUAUAAGUUACUUUGAACUAAACUGCUACAUAAAGAACGAAAUCGUUCAUGUUAAGACGUUCGAACAAUGUGAUCUAUCACUUUGAAGUCAUAAUAUGCAAAUGCCACUGUGCACUGAAAGUCUACAGAUAUAUAUAGAACUGUUUAGAAAACUAAAUGCUGGGUUCUCUUGCUGGAUUAAUGCAAAUUGCUUUGUUUGCAGGGUUUAUUGCCAUCCCAAAACCAGGCCAAUUCUCCAAGUGGAACUGUAGUAUAGCCAUCACAUUUCUGCUAGCAAAUCUUUGAACACAGAACAAGAAGUAAUGGCAAUGGAACCAGGAGCUGCUGUUCAGCCAGGGAGCACCACAAAUUCUUAAAGGCAGAGUGUAAACUUGGAGUUAUGUGAAUCACAUAGUGUUUUACAAAAAUAAUAAUGUAAUGAAUUCUUUUUACAGCUAAUAUUUAGGCUGAUGGCCGAAAGAAGGAUUUUGCUAAAAAAUACUUCUUUUGGUAUUGCAGUUAAAAAUAGUAUAACUUUUCCAGUUUCUCUGUAAAACAAAAUGUUUGUUAAAUCUGAAUAAGUUUAAUGGUUAUAUAAAUUAGAACUUCAUUGUUGGGUUUUUUUGCACUGAUUUUUUUUAUCCAGCAGUGGUUAGUCUAGAAUGCUCUCAUGGGAAAUGAAAGUCAUUACUUUCUGGCUUCAUAAAUGUAAUUCAGGAAGAUGGAUGCUGCAAUCAUAGAGGUUCCCCCCUCCCCCCCAAAAAGAUUGUUUGCACUUAAAUAGCUGAAUGCUAGUAAAAAAUUACUUUUAAAUGGGUGUUUGGACACCCUCUAAAGCUAUGUUAUGGGGAAAGAGAUCCUUUGUAUCUAUUAAACAUUUUAUUUUAAUAAUGUUUUGAGCUACAAUCAAUCUGUAUUAUAUGUGUAAAUAAUGUAAUUCAGUGAUCGGGGGAGAAAUGAGUCAUUACACUAGUAAUUUUC